CAGAACGUUUAAGGCAAACUACUACUGCAUCUGCUGUGCGAGAUGAUCAAACGGAAACAUAUCAUGUUGGGGAAACUACAGAAAGCAAAAUUGGAACAACUGAACAGCCCCUUGCUUCUGAGACUGGCGGCAGCACAGAAGGACUUGGUGCCUACACGCCUACAGAACCAACAGCCCCUAGUGCAGAAACGGCAACGUCUACAGAACGUUUAAGGCAAACUACUACUGCGUCUGUUGUGCGAGAUGAUCAAACGGAAACAUCUCAUGUUGGGGAAACUACAGAAGGCAAAAUUGGAACAACUGAACAGCCACUUGCUUCUGAGACUGGCGGCAGCACAGAAGGACUUGGUGCCUACACGCCUACAGAACCAACAGCCCCCAGUGAAGAAACAGCAACGCCUACCAAGCAUUUCAGGCAAACAACUUCUGCCACUGUUGUGGGAGAUGAUCAAACGGAAACAUCUCAUGUUGGGGAAACUACAGAAGGCAAAAUCGGAACAACCCAACAGCCAAUUGCUUCUGAACCUGCCGGCAGCACAGAAGGACUUGGGGCAUACACGCCUACAGAACCAACAGCUCUCAGUGCAGAAACAGCAACGCCUACAGAGUAUUUCAUACAUACUACUCCUGCGGCUGCUGUUCAAGAUGAUCAAAAGGAAAUAUCUCAUUUUGGAGGAACCACAGAAGUAAAACGUGGCACAACUCAACAACCAAUUGCUUCUGAAACUGGCGGCAGCACAGAAGAACUUGGGGCAUACACGCCUACAGAACCAACAGCUCCGAAUGCAGAAACGGCAACGCCUACAGAGUAUUUCAGACAAACUACUCCUGCGGCUGCUGUGCGAGAUGAUCAAAAGGAAAUAUCGCAUUUUGGAGGAACUACAGAAGGAAAACGUGGCACAACUCAACAACCAAUUGCUACGGAAACUGGCGGCAGCACACCAGGAUUUGUAGAUUACACUACUACUGGCGAGACAGUCCCCAGCACUAAAUCGGCAACUUCUACAGCAUUUCCAUCGCAAACUGCUGCUGCAACUACUAUGGAGAUUGGGCAACCUACAGAAGGAAGGCUUGGCACAACUCAACAGCCAAUUUCCUCUGAAACCAGCAGCAGCACAGAAGAACUUGGUACAUACACUACCACAGAAACGGCAUCGCCUAUAGAGUUUUCACCUGCACUGGAAGGGCAAUCAACUUCUCGAACUUCCACCGCUUCUUUGCCACCUACAGUUUCUGGGGAAGUAACAAAACCAGUUGGUCCAACUACAACUGAACAUUCCUUACCUGAAAGCUCAGAUCAGCAACCGACUACAGCGACAGCCCACCAUACUACUGAAGUGGACUCUUAUGAAAUCAGGCAAAGUACAGUGGCAUCAGGGCAACCAACGACUAUCGAAGAAAACGAAGCUGUUUCCACCACACCAGGAACUUUGGUUGCAUCGUCUACAACGCCCUGGGGAACUACUGAGCAAACUUCGCCCCAAUCUGAAGCUGUUACAGCUUCAACAAAAGCAAGCCCAGAGCUGGUAGCGGCAACAACAGGCACGACCUUUGAAAGUGAGUUCGUUACCACACAGUAUCCCACUCAACAGUCCAAAGCAACAGAAAAAGGGGCCAAGAUUCCAGAGUCCAGUUCAGGAGAACCUACUGAAGGUUUAGAACUGAGUACUACUGGGGUUGAAGCUGAGCAAACUGCUACUGAGGGAAUCAUCCCCAGCUACACAACAACUUAUUCAAUGAGGACUGAAGGAGCUGAAACUAGGCAUACAACUGAAUGGGACAAUGGCAAAAGUGAAACGACAAGUAGCUUAGCUACUGAAGCCACGCUUGUAACCGGUUCUACCUCGACAGCAACUACAGAAUACAUUCCGACUACCCGAGAAGCAACAGAAAGUGAAUUGAGUGCGUCCACUAAACCAGCAGUAUUUGAAACCUCCUCAGAUCAAACUUCGCAUUUCUUUACUUCUCCAAUUGUAACGUAUGUUUACGAGCAAACUUCCAUCAAAUCUUCAGGUUCAACCUCUCCAGUUUUUCCUGAAUAUAGUUCUGAAAGCCUGGUAACUGAAACUGGAACUGAAGCAUAUUCACACACGCCGAUCUCCUCUAUCACCGGCCAGAACGUACAAAGUACCACUCCUGAACAAGAAUCAACAGCGAGUGAAAAAACCGAAAAGAGCGAGUUGAUGGAAUCAACAAAGGAAUUAGCAAAAGAAACUACCACACAGAUGAUUCUCACCACUGAAAAAUUGUCGCGGUCUUCAUCAGCUAUGGAAGAAGGCACCAGUACUGCAUUUACUCCUGAAGAAGCAUCAGAAGGCUCCUCUGAACGCGUUCCAGGAGUUCCAACUGUUGAAGGAAUAGCUAAGGAAGCCACAACAUUAGCUCACGCUACUAGAACUACAACGCCAGCUUUUAGUGCUGCUUCUGAAGCAGGGGGAACAUCAACUUUCUCAUUUAAAGAAACUUCUGAGUUUGGCCCAGAAACAUUCUCAACAACUGAAGAAUUGGCGAAGCAAACAGCGACUUCCAGUUAUAGCUCUGAGGGACCUUUACAGUAUACCACGCCUGCUGAAGCUCCGUUUACUCAUGGCACAAUGGGUGAAUCAAUGAUAACUUCAACAGCUUCUUCCAAUCAAUCUACUACACUAGGAUUUGUCACUGAAAAGGCUUCAACUACCUUGGAAGCGGAAGUUUCCAGUAAAACAACCACCGUAGUUCCAACGACAGAAACAAAGCAACUAUCCACAGAACACCCCGAAAGGGUUUCAGAACUCACUCCCGGGGAAUUCUCAACUUUAGCGUCUGCUACAGAAAAACCUUUAGAGAACUCCAAGCCCUCCAAAGCCACCUACGCUGAUACUACAACAUUGAAGGCCGAGGAAGCAUCAACCGUUUCUACCAAGAGUGUCUCUGAAGUAACGCUGCAAAUUUUUUCAACUACACAAGAACUUGGACAGGAACAAACCACAUUGCGUUUUACCACAGAAAAAUCUUCCGAAUAUUCACCGUUACCUUCAGGGUCACCUACAGGUGCAACAGGAACAAGUACUUAUGAAGGAACGACAGUGUCUUCCUCUGCAGAAUCAACAGUCUCUUCUAAAGAAGCGUCCGAGACCAGCUCAAGUGAGGUUCCUCCAGCUGAAACCACCCAAACUUCAACGUUACCAUCUAACGAAGCAUCUAAAACUACACCAGAGAAGCUCCCAAGUGAGGAGCUUGAAGAAAAGUCAACUAAAUCGGCAUAUACUACUGAGAGUUAUUCACAGUAUUCAACCUCUACUGGUUCAACCGGGUCUGAUGCUUUUGAGGCUUCAACUACUGAAUCAACGCACACGACAGCAACAUCAACAAAAGAGCCCUAUGAGACUCCAGGAGUAAUUUCAACAAUGCAAGGAAUAGAAAACGAGGCAACGACUCAACAAUACGCAACUUCUGCAGAGGCUGGUGUCACUGAGACUGUAGAAGCCAUUCAAAGCCCUACAGUACCAGCAAUGGAAGCAUCUGAACCUGAAAACUCUACAAUCCCAGGCGAAAAGCAUGCUACUGAAGAGUCAACACUAACAACCGCUGCUGGUACGGAAAAUGCAAGAGUUGCAACUUCAACUGUGGCUCCAACUACUGAAGAAGUCCAGAGGUCUACGUUGCACACUACAACUGAACAUUUGGCAUCAACUACUGGAAUUUCUUCUCAAUAUUCAACUUCAACGGAAGCUGGCUUGACUGGUACAACCAAACCCAACGCUUAUGAAACCACGUUUACAACUGCGCCGAAGUCCAGCCCUGGAGGCUUAUCAACUGUCCAGGGACUUGAAAGAGAAACAACCUCUUCUGGACCAGCAUUCUACACCACAAGACUUCCAGAUGAAUCGCAGACUACUGAGGAAAUAACCACGAGUUCUGCUGAGUCUUCUGAGCAUCCUUCUACAUCCAGCACCGGUGGAUUUUGGACAGUUCAGCAAACAGGCAAGAUUUCUACAACUGCUGAAGAAGGUUGGGAAACCACUGAGCGAAUGAUUAGCUCUGCACCUUCCACUUGGACGCCUACAACGGGAUCGACUGAAUCCUCUGAAAGAACCUCAACAAACGGACCGUCUACGGAAAUGCCAAUUAGCUUCGAACCAGACUUUGGAACUAAGGAGCCUUCAGCCACUGAGUCAACCAAACUCACUACCCCGGAUCAGAGCACUGUUUCCAGUGGAACAAGAGCUUCGUCCAUCGUGGAAGCCACUACUAAAGUUUCAGAAGAAUCCAUCGCACCAACUUCUGGUGGUGCUUCAGAAAUCUCUUCCAGAGAGCCUGAAACUACCAGAAGGAUCACUACUGAAGAACAACCCAGUUAUUCCACCACAGUUGAGGACACGAAAUCUACUUUAGCCUACCCGGCCAGCACUUCUGAGGCUGUAGAGCCUACUAUACAACCAUUACCUGGAGUAACUUCAACUACUGAAAGUGAGGGAAGGGGGUCGGAGUAUUCCACUGCUGGAACAAUCAGUACUAUCUCUACAUUGGGUGAAAGUACGACAUUUAUGUCCCCUGGAACAGCUGCAGAGCACGAAGUGACUACUGGUUUAGAGGUGGAAUAUGGGACUGUCACUGUAGGAGUAGGAACAACUGCAUCUUCAGCUACAGGUGAAAUCUUACCUAACGCUGCCACUGAAGAGCCUGUGAGCGAAGGUGGAAGUACGGAAUCUACCCAGGGAAGUACUGCGGAAAGAUCCACUAGUAGAACUGCUGAGGGCAUGUUUGCUAAUAAGGGAACUAGCCCGAGUCCACACGAGCCUACCACAGGUUACACCACGCUCGUGUCUACAGAGAAAAGCAGAGAAACCCCUGCCCAUCAACCUUUCAGUACAUCUAGAGAAACAACUACUGGCGGUGAAGGUUCAACCACUUUUGGCGCCACAGCGGCUCCAAAGUUGGUGACUGAGAAACCGUUUGUAGGUACUCAGAAGACGUCUGAGAGCACUGAGGAGCCAUUGACGAAGUUAGCUACUGAGCAAAUAAUCACUGAAAGACUCACAACAGAAGUCGGGGAAACCACUACUGGAUCCGGAAAGCAAAAUGCAACCUCUGAUCUUCCAGAAGGCAUAACAACGGAAAAUGUUAGCGCUUCUUCUGAAGCUGCCAGUGGGACAACGGCGCACGCUUUGCCGCAAGAAACUCUUUCGUACAGAAAUAAGCAGAAUGGGGAUGAGUUUACUACGUACUAUCCUUCGACCCUGUCUCCCACUACUGAGAAGUACUUUACGGUCUUUGAAAAGGAAUCUUCCAGCUCGGGUAGGAUUCCCUCCAUGGAUGCACUCAUGCCAACUGGCGCGUCCUCCUGGCGUGAAAACCGCACAACCCCAGCUCCUCCUAGUUAUACUGCAACUAUGGAGACUGCAGCCGGUUUCACUGUUGAAGCAGUUACAGUUAAGUUCCCGCAGACUGGGAUUCCUCCAGUUUCAACCACUGGAAGGCCAAUGGAAAUGUCUCAGCAACCCCCCGGUAGAACAUUCAAUCCAGUGGAAACUUCUACGGCAACAACUCCCUUGGUUCACUCGAUCACUUUCACUACCCCUACUGGGGAACCGGAGCUGAGCACCACUGAAAGCUAUAGGGAAACCACCACCAUCAAGUAUCUGGGGGAUGUUUCCACGUUCAGCACGGUGCUUUCAACUAAAGAAGUGGAGGAAAUUGUGACUUUGGGUAGAACUACCAUCAACAUCGGCCAAAACGAGGUGGUGGAAGUCACAACUCCUGCCUAUACCAUGCAGGAGGCCGCUUCUACUACCGAAAGUGCACGCGGAGGCACUGAGGCAGUCAGACAUACUGUUCAGAUGUCCACUGAGCAACUGGAGGAAUUGACCACUGUGGGAACCACUACGGUCAGCAAAGUGUCGCAGCAUGAGGAGACCACUCAACAAUCGGAGCUCAGAGAGCCUACGGAUUAUUCUACUGAAGCACUGGAGAUUGCGACGGAACCUACUACACUUUCAGCCACAACUGAACCAGUUUUAACCACAACGGUUGUAAUCGCGACCAAUCACAGUGUGAUAUCGAUUAGCAAUUACACCAAUGGAAUAACAAAUCGCACGGUAGAAUGCCUCGUCGACAAUGAUUGCGAAGACGCGGACGUCUGUAUAUUUAAAAAGUGCAUUAACGUGUGCACUAUCGGAGGGUUAUGUGGUGCUAACGCCAAGUGUACUGCAGAGAAUCAUGCAGCUGAUUGCACUUGCCCGCCUCACCAUUACGGGGAUCCUCACAGGAUGUGCUAUCCAGAACCACCUGGCGAAAGGGCGCCCAAACCUUGCGAGUCUGAUAUGGACUGUCUCGAGUCAGAGGCGUGUUACAUGUCCAUUUGUCAGGAUCCGUGCGAAUUUACCAGUGCCUGUGCGGCAGGGGCGCGUUGUCAAGCUAAAAUGCACCGGCCCAUUUGCACUUGUCCAAUGGGAUUUGAAGGAAACCCGGCUAUUAAAUGUUCCAAAUCGCCCACAAUGGGUUGCACAGCAAACGAGGACUGUCCUAUUAGUGAAGCAUGCAUAGAUAGAGCAUGCCAAAGACCUUGCGAUGUCCAUAAUCCUUGCGCGCAAAACGCCGUUUGCAUCAACACCAACCACGGAUGCGACUGCAGCUGCCAGGAGGGAUACCAAGGGAAUGGUUUCGUCGGUUGUGCACCUGUUGCCGAUAACGGUCCCCCAGUUUGCCAAUACAACGAGGACUGUCCUCCGAAUAAACUCUGCGAUCGUUUGAACAGAAGAUGCAUGAAUCCCUGCUUUGAAGACUCUUGCGGAGAGAACGCGGAGUGCGUUCCCAAGAACCAUGGGGCGACUUGCGUCUGCCUGCCAGGCUAUGAGGGAAACGCCUACGUGGAGUGCCUAGGAGUCUUAGGAUGCAGACGCGAUGAGGAGUGCGCUUCUAACGAAGCCUGCCUCAACCAGCAAUGCGCCUCACCAUGCAACUGCGGAAUCAACGCCAUAUGCGACGUGAUCCAGCACAAGCCCCAAUGCCAGUGCCCCCCAGGGUAUCAAGGCGAUGCGCGAGUGUCUUGCCAACCGCCCUCUGAUCCAUGCGACCCCAACCCAUGUGGCACCAACGCGCUUUGCGAGCUGGACAAUGGAAACCCCAUCUGCUUCUGCCCGAAGGGCCUCACUGGAAACCCAUUCAAGAACUGCAUUCCAGAAGGCGAUGAGUGUUCCCCGAAUCCUUGCGGCCCCAACUCCGGCUGCCGAGUGGUUGGAGGAAACGCCGUCUGCUUCUGCCUGCCGGAGUUCGAAGGCACGCCCCCCCAAGUGCCAUGCAGUUUGCCCAGCAAUCCAUGCGAUCCGUCGCCCUGCGGGCCCAACACUCAAUGCUCCAUAUUGGCCAAUGGCUUUGCCAAAUGCACCUGCCUGCCUGGUUUCCUGGAGAGUCCCAACACCAUCAGAGGUUGCAUCGAGAGCAGAAACCCUUGCGAGCCCAACCCGUGCGGGGCUGGCGCCCUUUGCGACCCGCACGGGGAGCCUGUGUGCUCUUGUCCCUAUGGAACUAAUGGAAAUCCCUUCCGGGGCUGCGCCAUUGAGAAGCCCUUGUGCAGUCCGGGGCCUUGUGGGGCUAACGCGGAUUGUUACAACUCCAACAACGAGGAACAAUGCUUUUGCCGGUCUGGAUUUAUUGGGGAUCCCUACACUGGCUGUAGGAUUCAGCCUCCGAGUCCUUGUGUGCCGAAUCCUUGCGGCCCUGGAGCGCAAUGUGUGAUCACUCCCGAUGGAAACUCUUUGUGCCGCUGCCCGGAGGGCAUGGGAGGUGAUCCGACCGGGCCUCUCGGUUGCUUCGGCUAUGAGUGCGUGGUGGAUGAAAACUGUGGCGAUCACCAGGCCUGCAUUUCGUACAGAUGUCGGGAUCCUUGCCCAGGCUCGUGCGGAGUAAACGCCGAUUGCCGCGUGGAGAAACACCAUCCUGUCUGCUCUUGCCAGUCUGGGCUAACGGGAAAUCCUGUGAUUAGGUGCUUCAAGAUACCGGAGAUUCUUCCGCCACAUGACCCGUGCAUGCCCAACCCCUGCGGGCUGAACACUGUGUGCCAGAGCAUCUCCAAUCGCGCUGUUUGCUCCUGCCUACCAGACUUCCAUGGGGAUCCGCAGAUCGGCUGCCAACCCGAGUGUCUGAUCAACUCGGACUGUCCGAUUAACAAGGCGUGUUUGGAGCGACAUUGCAAAGACCCGUGCUCGCAAGGACAGCUGUGCGGAGUGAACGCCUUCUGCCAAGUUAGAGACCAUACAGCAGCCUGUCUGUGUUUGGAGGGAUUUAUCGGAGACCCGUUCUUGCAAUGCAUCCAACCUCCCAUUGAAGACACACCCAAGCAUACCAACACCUCGAUCCAGCCCUGCACGCCUUCGCCUUGCGGCAGUAUGGAGUGCAGCAUCUAUGGAACGCAGAUUGCUGUUUGCGACCCGUGCUUGGGCCCGGAGGCCGUCUACAACCCUCAGUGUCGGCCGGAGUGUUUGACCAAUGCGGACUGUCCGUUCCACCAAGCCUGUAUGCGGUUCAACUGCAUCGACCCAUGUCCAGGCUCAUGCGGAGUGAAUGCUGUUUGCUCUGUGGUUUCGCAUACGCCCAUCUGUAGCUGUCCGUAUGGACUGGUCGGAGACCCGUUCCAGCAGUGUGUUCCUCUUACGAUUGAUUCCCCCAAGGACAGUUGCGACUACCCGCGGUGCGGAGUGAACGCCGACUGCCUAGAGAAAGGAACCGGGGUGAUCUGCGUUUGCAAGCGGGGCUUCUUCGGAGACCCCUAUCUGGCCUGCCGCCCCGAAUGCGUUAUCAACCCCCAUUGCCCAUUGGACAAAGCGUGCAUAAACGCCAAAUGCUCCAGCCCUUGCAGCGAUGUGUGCGGAGUGGGCGCUCAAUGCGACGUGGUCAACCACAUCCCCAUCUGCUCCUGCCCCCCUCAACAUACAGGAGAUCCGUUUGUGGCCUGUUACAAGGCUGUAAUCCCCAGCCUACCGGCGCCGGCGCCUCAAAACCCUUGCGACCCGACGCCUUGCGGCCCCUACAGCCGCUGCUCGGUUUCGCAUCAAGGAUACGCCACCUGCUCUUGCCUGCCCAACUACCAGGGCGUAGCCCCCGCUUGUAAACCCGAGUGCAUUUCAACAUCAGAAUGUCCCCAAACGAAGGCCUGCAUUAAUCUGAAAUGCGGCGACCCGUGCGCAGGCACUUGUGGGUCUGGAGCGGUUUGCACGGUGAUCAACCACAACCCGAUCUGCAGCUGCCCAGAAGGACUGGAGGGCAAUCCGUUCUUGAACUGCCGCCAAGCGCCCGUGGUGGAAGAACUGCCAUCUACAACUGAGGAACCGAUAAAUCCAUGUGUGCCCACUCCGUGUGGCCAGAACUCGAUUUGCCAGAUAAAGGAGAGCCGGCCAGUGUGUUCCUGCAUAGCGAAUUACAUUGGCAGCCCGCCCUAUUGCAGGCCGGAAUGCAUGCUCAGUCAGGAGUGUCCUCAACAUCAAGCUUGUGUGAACGAGAAAUGCGUAGAUCCGUGCGUGUCCAGCUGCGGACCGAAUGCUCAGUGCCAUGUCGUGGGGCACAAUCCGUUCUGUAGCUGUUUAUCUGGAUAUGAAGGCGAUGCUUUUGUCGGCUGCACCAAAGUGGCUGUGGUGGCUGUAGACCCGUGCAACCCAUCGCCCUGCGGGGAGAAUUCCCAGUGCUCUGUAAGCGAGGGAGCGGCGAAGUGCGUCUGCAUUCCCCCCUACAUCGGAAACCCCUACUCUGGAGGCUGCAGGCCUGAAUGCACCAUCAACUCCGAAUGUGCCACUCAUCUGGCCUGUCUGUCGCGCCAUUGCCGAGACCCUUGCCAGGGACUCUGCGGCAUCAAUUCCGAAUGCAGCGUCUUCAACCACGUGCCAGUUUGCACUUGCGCCAGAGGCCUGGUCGGAGACCCGCAGACCGGGUGCAGGCCACCUGCAGUGGUCGAGAGGCCCAAGCCAUGCGAGCCGUCGCCGUGUGGACCAAACAGCGUCUGUCGCGAACGCAAUGACAAAGCAAUAUGUUCGUGCCAAGUGGGGUACUUUGGACAGCCGCCCAGCUGCAGGCCCGAAUGCCUGGUGAGCUCCGAGUGCAGCUCAGACCAGGCCUGCAUUAAUCAGCGCUGCCAGGAUCCCUGUCCGGGAACAUGCGGCGCCAGGGCCCGAUGCCAGGUUGCCAACCACAACCCGAUUUGCAGCUGCCCGCCCAACUACGUCGGAGACCCUUUCAUUGUCUGCAGACCAGAAGAGCGCGGGGAACCAACGCCCACUCCAACUCCAUGCAUACCAUCGCCGUGUGGGCCGAACGCGGACUGCCAACCACUCAACAAUCGCGCAGUGUGCUCGUGUCUUCCGGGGAUGUUCGGCGUUGCGCCCAAUUGCCGUCCAGAAUGCUCCAUUGACCAGGACUGUCCACUCACCUUGGCCUGCACCAAUCAGAAGUGCAAGGAUCCAUGCGCGGGUUCUUGCGGCUUCAACGCCGAAUGCAGCGUGGUCAACCAUCGGCCCAUCUGCAGCUGCCAGUCAGGGUUUGAGGGCGAUCCGUUCUCCGGCUGUAAUCCAGUUGCCGUAAUUGAAGAGCCGCGAAACCCCUGCAAUCCAUCCCCGUGUGGUUCAAAUGCCGCUUGCAAAGAGCGUGCUGGUGCCGGCUCAUGCACUUGCCUAGUCGGGUUCUUUGGGGACCCCUACAACGGGUGUAGACCUGAAUGCGUAACGAGCAGCGAAUGCGCCCACACUAAAGCGUGCCUGAACAUGAAAUGCACCGACCCCUGCCCUGGAACAUGUGGAGUGAACGCCAAAUGCUCCGUGAUUAAUCACAUUCCCCAAUGCUACUGUCCCUCAGGAUUCUCUGGGAAUGCGCUCAGCAUCUGCCGCGAGAACGUGCCUUUGGUGUUUGAAGAACAUAAACGCAACCCCUGUGUUCCCUCGCCCUGUGGCCCCUACAGCAUUUGUCAGAUUAGUAACGAUCGGCCUGUUUGUUCAUGUGCGGCUGGUUACUACGGCGCCCCGCCCACUUGCAAGCCCGAAUGUAUCGUAAACUCCGAAUGCACUCAAGACAAAUCGUGCAAUAAUCAGAAAUGCGUGGAUCCCUGCCCGGGAACAUGCGGCAUUAACGCCCUCUGCCGAGUGGUCAAUCAUAGCCCCAUUUGUAGUUGUCCUACAAGUUUCACUGGGGACCCAUUCGUUCGAUGCCUUCCAGAAGAAAAACGUCCAGUUGAUGUCGAAAACCCCUGUCUCCCCAGCCCUUGUGGCACAUUUUCGGAAUGCCGAGUUGUAAAUGGGCGGGCCAGAUGUUCUUGUUUGCCCAACUACUACGGUCAACCCCCCAAUUGCAAGCCAGAAUGCGUGGUUAACUCAGAAUGCUCCCCCAGUAGGGCGUGUGUUAACCAAAAAUGCAAAGACCCUUGCCCAGGCUCUUGUGGCGCCAACGCCCAAUGUAGCGCAGUGAAUCACGUCCCAGUCUGCUACUGCUUGGCAGGAUUCACUGGAGAUCCAUUCUCCGGAUGCCAGCAAUUCACGCCCAGAGAGGAGCCGCCCCACCCUUGCAACCCUUCGCCUUGCGGCUCCAACGCCAAUUGCAAAGAGCUGAAUGGCGCUGGAUCGUGCACAUGCAUUCCGGGAUACUUUGGCGAUCCAUAUACUAGCUGCAGGCCGGAAUGCGUGCAAAACUCCGAAUGUCCGAUGGAUCAGUCGUGCAACAAUAACAAGUGCAGGAACCCCUGUCCAGGCACUUGCGGCAUCAACGCGGAAUGCCUUGUCAAUAACCAUCUGCCCAACUGCAAUUGCUUGCCCGGUUUCACUGGAAAUCCCGCAUUGUCUUGCCAUCCGAUUCCCAUUUCACCCCCAGUGGAAGAGCCGACAAACCCAUGCGUUCCCUCACCGUGCGGACCCUACAGUCAAUGCAGGGAGGUGAACGCACAUGCCGUCUGCUCCUGCCUCCAAAACUAUAUCGGAGCCCCUCCAAUGUGCAGGCCUGAAUGUCUCGUGAGCUCCGAAUGCGGCCAGGACAGAACCUGCAUCAACCAAAAGUGCAAAGAUCCAUGCCCUGGAACGUGCGGGCUAAACGCGCUCUGCCAUGUGAUAAAUCACAAUCCCAUCUGUAGUUGUGCGCCCGGAUUUAGUGGAGAUCCAUUCAUUCGAUGUGUGGUCGUAGAGAAGCGCCCUGUUGAGGUUGAACCCUCCAAUCCGUGCCAGCCCACGCCCUGUGGGCCCAACUCUCAAUGUAGAGAGGUGCAUGCCCAGCCUGUCUGCUCUUGCCUGCCCAAUUACAUUGGGCGAGCGCCCAACUGCCGCCCUGAAUGUACUAUCAACCAGGAAUGUCCAGGAAAUCUGGCCUGUAUCAAUGAGAGGUGCAAAGAUCCGUGCCCGGGUUCUUGUGGGUUUAAUGCCCAAUGUGUGGUCACCAACCAUUCGCCCCAUUGCCACUGUCAAGCUGGAUUCACUGGGGAUCCGUUCAAUGGGUGCACUUCCAUACCAGUAGCUCUUCCCGUAGAAGAGGAGAGGACUCCAUGCAUUCCCUCCCCUUGUGGAGCCAAUGCGGAAUGUAGAGAGCGAAAUGGCGCUGGCUCAUGUGUGUGCUUGCCUGAAUACUUUGGGGAUCCAUACACGAGCUGCAGACCUGAAUGUGUGACAAACACAGAUUGCGCCAGGGACAAGGCAUGCUUGAACAACAAAUGCAAAGACCCCUGUCCGGGUAUAUGUGGAAUUAAUGCUGAGUGUAGGGUUUCCAAUCAUUUGCCCUCUUGUUCCUGUUUUGAUGGAUACACUGGGAAUCCUUCAGUGUCUUGCCACCUCCCGCCGCCAAUUUCAGAGCCCAAAGCUGAACCAUGCCAGCCCUCGCCUUGCGGCCCUUACAGUAACUGUAGGGUAGUGAAUGAACACGCGGUCUGCUCGUGUCUUCCGAACCACAUCGGCUCACCGCCGAUGUGCAGGCCGGAGUGCAUGAUAAGUGCCGAAUGUUCUCUGGACAAAACUUGCAUCAACAGUAAAUGCCAGGAUCCAUGUCCAGGAACGUGCGGCAUAAACGCUCAAUGCCGCGUGGUCAAUCACAACCCCAUCUGCAGCUGUUCGUCUGGAUAUACUGGAGAUCCAUUCAUCAGAUGCAACGCAGAGGAGAGAAAACCUGAGCCGCUUCCUCCGGCCAAUCCGUGCGUGCCAUCCCCUUGCGGGCCUUAUUCCGAUUGUAGAGUGAUCGGGAACACUCCCGCGUGCUCUUGCAUCCAGAACUUUGUUGGGCGCCCCCCGAAUUGCCGCCCUGAAUGUUCGAUUAAUGCGGAAUGUCCCGCGAACCGGGCCUGCCAGAAUGAGAGAUGCGUGGAUCCGUGCUCUGGCUCAUGUGGAGCCAGCACCGACUGCACAGUCAUUUCCCAUAGGCCUGUUUGCUCUUGCAGGGUGGGCUUUACGGGCGAUCCGUUCUCUGGAUGCAUCCCCAUACCAAUCGCCGCGCCUGUAGAAGAGGAACGAAACCCUUGUAAUCCUUCGCCUUGCGGCGCUAACGCCGAAUGCCGAGAACGCCAAGGAGCAGGAUCAUGUGCAUGUUUGCCUGAAUACCUUGGAGACCCCUAUACCGGCUGCAGGCCGGAAUGCGUGACCAACAGCGACUGCCCAAGAGACCAGGCAUGCGUGAGCAACAAGUGCAAAGACCCUUGCCCUGGAACGUGCGGGAUUAACGCCGAAUGUUCUGUGCCUAAUCAUGCUCCUUCUUGUUCGUGCCUGCCUGGAUAUACUGGGAACCCGUUCACUUCGUGCCACCUUCCCCCGCCUAUUGUGGAAACCCCCGAGCCGGAGCCCUGCCGUCCGUCACCAUGUGGGCCUUAUAGCGUGUGUAAGAACGUAGAUAACCAUGCGGUAUGCUCGUGUCAGCCCGAGUAUAUCGGCUCGCCCCCAGCCUGUAGGCCCGAAUGCAUGGUGAGCUCGGAAUGCGCCCAAAACAAGGCGUGUCUUAACCAAAAGUGCCAGGACCCAUGCCCUGGCACCUGCGGCAUAAACGCCAAGUGCCAAGUGGUCAAUCACAACCCCAUCUGUAGCUGUGCAGAGAGCUACGUAGGAGAUCCUUUUGUGCGCUGUGUGUUGCGACCAACAAAACCCGUGGAAGUGGACAGCGGCAAUCCUUGUGUGCCCACGCCUUGCGGCUCUAAUUCUCAAUGCCGCGUGGUUGGGACGCAAGCAGCUUGCUCCUGCUUGCCCAAUUAUAUUGGGCGAGCCCCCAACUGCAGGCCGGAGUGCACAAUCAAUGCGGAAUGCCCCAGCAAUCUGGCGUGCCAGAACGAGCGGUGCAAAGACCCUUGCCCGGGCUCCUGUGGGCCUUUCACUACUUGCAUGGUGAUAAAGCAUGCUUCGGUCUGCCAAUGCCUUUCCGGUUACACUGGGGAUCCGUUCACUGGAUGCUCCAUCAUACCAACUCCUACUGUAACCGAACAACCUCGAAACCCUUGCAACCCUUCGCCCUGCGGGGCCAACGCGGUUUGUAGGGAAAGAAAUGGCGCUGGCUCUUGCUCAUGCUUGCCUGAGUACUUCGGCGAUCCCUACACUGGCUGCAGGCCGGAAUGUGUGGCCAACUCGGACUGCGAUCGCAGCCGAUCUUGCGUGAAUAAUAAAUGUGUGGAUCCGUGCCCUGGCACGUGCGGGUUGAAUUCUGAGUGCUCCGUGAUCAACCACGCUCCAUUCUGCAGCUGCAUUCCUGGAUACACUGGCGAACCCACCAGCGCUUGCAAAGUGAUUCAAGCCAUUGUAGAAGAACCGCAAAAUCCUUGCCAACUAUCCCCUUGCGGCCCAUAUAGCGCUUGUCGGGAAGUGAAUGGGCAUGCUGUCUGUUCCUGCAAUGUGGGUUAUAUCGGCUCUCCUCCAAUGUGUCGACCCGAAUGUGUCGUUAGUUCCGAAUGCUCCCAAGACAAAGCCUGCGUGUCCCAGAAAUGUGUCGACCCAUGCCCAGGCGUAUGCGGGCUGAACGCUCAAUGCCGAGCAGUCAAUCACAACCCCAUAUGCAGCUGCUUAACAGGGUUCACUGGGGAUCCGUUCGUUCAAUGCUCCAGAAUCGAAUUGCCGGCACCGCCCAAAACACCUGAAAACCCAUGUAUUCCCACACCGUGUGGACCGAAUUCUCAAUGUAGAAUAGUUGGAACGCAAGCGGCCUGCUCUUGCUUGCAGAACUUUGUAGGUCGCCCUCCCAACUGUAGGCCUGAAUGCUUGAGCGACUCCGAAUGUCCCAAUCACUUAGCAUGCAAAAAUGAGAAAUGUAGAGACCCUUGUACUGGUUUGUGUGGCAUCAAUGCCCAAUGCACUGUAGUUAAUCACCAGCCCAUUUGCUCCUGCUUCCCUGGAUAUACUGGGGAGCCAUCUAGGUCCUGUAUUUUGCCUCUCCAAGAGCCCCUGACAGAAAGACCCCGAACGCCAUGCUCUCCAUCGCCCUGCGGGCCAAAUGCCGAGUGCCGGGAGAAGAACGGGGCCGGCGCCUGCUUCUGCGCUGCCGGUUUCGAGGGAAAUCCAUACGAUAGCGACAGAGGCUGCAGGAGAGAGUGCGAGGUGAACAACGACUGCAGCUCGGCCCUGGCCUGUGUGUCCUUCAAGUGCGUGGAUCCUUGCCCUGGCACCUGCGGAGCUUUGGCCGAAUGCCAUGUUAACAACCACAUCCCCACGUGUUUGUGCCCCGCUGGAUAUGCAGGAGAUCCAUUCUUCCAAUGUCGGCUGGCGCCGACCGAACCACCUCCGGAGAUUAAUCCCUGCCAGCCCUCGCCGUGCGGCCCUAAUAGCCAGUGCAGGGAAGUGAACAAACAGGCCGUAUGCUCGUGUCUUCCGCAAUACGUGGGCUCUCCGCCCAGCUGCAGGCCGGAAUGCGUCGUCAACUCAGAGUGUCAACUGGACAAGGCCUGCGUCAAUCAGCGCUGCGGCGACCCGUGCCCCAACACCUGCGGAUUGGGCGCCCAAUGCACGACAAGAAACCACAACCCGAUUUGCGCCUGCCCGCCAGGAUACACGGGCGAUCCAUUCACCAGGUGUUCGCCGCAGCCGCCGCCGCCGCCUGAGCCGACAACGGAACGCCCGCCAUCCUGCCAGCCCAGCCCCUGCGGCCCCAAUUCGAUCUGCAAAAUCAUCGGGAACUCCCCCACGUGUUCCUGCUUGCAGGACUACAUCGGGGCGCCCCCCAACUGUAGGCCUGAGUGCGUUCUGAGCUCCGAGUGCGGCAGUUCUCUGGCCUGCAUCAAUCAGAAGUGCCAGGAUCCUUGCCCAGGCUCCUGCGGCUCCAACACCGUUUGCAACGUUCUCAACCACAUCCCCAUAUGCAAUUGCGCCGAGGGAUUUACUGGGGACGCCUUCACCAGUUGCUAUCAGAUCCCGCCGUCUACCAAAGCGCCUGAACUGGAUCCCUGCAACCCAUCGCCGUGCGGGCCCAAUUCUCUAUGCAACGACGGCGUCUGCACAUGUUUGCCUGAAUACUUGGGCAAUCCGUAUGAGGCGUGCAGACCUGAGUGUGUGCUCAGCGCCGAAUGCACCAGGAACAAGGCUUGUAUCAGGAACAAAUGCGUGGAUCCUUGCCCAGGAACAUGCGGGCAGAAUGCGAGGUGCGACGUGAUCAACCACAUUCCAUCCUGCUCCUGCCCGGAUGGUUACACUGGAGAUCCGUUUGUGAACUGUCGGGUUUCGGAGCCUCCGCCACCAAAGGCCCAGCCGUGCAACCCGUCGCCCUGUGGACCCAACAGCCAGUGUCGCGAAGCCAACCAACAAGCAGUGUGCUCCUGCUUGGCAGGCUACCAAGGCAGUCCGCCGGGAUGUCGGCCCGAGUGCGUCGUUGGAGCAGAAUGCCCGCAGGAUAAGGCCUGUAUCAACCAGAAAUGCGUGGAUCCUUGCCCAGGAUCUUGUGGGGCUCGCGCCCGAUGCGAAGUCCGAAACCACAGCCCGAUCUGCAGCUGCCCAGAGGGCGAUACUGGGGAUCCGUUCCAAAGGUGCAGGCCCAUUCCACCCGAACCGCCAGUGACCAGGCUGCCUAAUCCUGAACCCUGCAACCCAUCGCCUUGCGGCCCCAACUCGAUUUGCAGGCCGGCGGGCGACAGCUACGCCUGCAGUUGCCUGCAGGGCUACAUCGGCAACGCACCAAAUUGCCGGCCAGAGUGCGUGAUCAACACCGACUGUCCAAGUGCGCUCGCCUGCAUCAACAGCCAAUGCAAAGACCCCUGUCCAGGCAGCUGUGGGGAAAACGCCGAAUGCCAUGUUAUCUCGCACGCAGUCUCCUGCAGCUGUCUGGCGGAAUUUGUGGGCGAUCCGUUCGUUCAGUGCAUAGUGAAAACUGAGCCAAUCAAGCCUUGCGAGCCGUCGCCUUGCGGCGCCAACGCCCAAUGCAGGGAGCGAAACGGAGCUGGCGCUUGCCUAUGUUUGCCCGACUACCAAGGAAAUCCUUAUGAGGGCUGCCGGCCCGAAUGCGUGCUCAGCUCAGACUGCCAGCCCAACAAGGCGUGCAUCAGGAACAAGUGCGCUGAUCCCUGCCCAGGAACCUGUGGGGAGAGUGCGGAAUGUUCUGUUAUCAAUCACGUGCCAGCUUGCAGUUGCCGGGCAGGGUCCACUGGGGACGCCUUCAGGCUUUGCUCGCCACUGCCAGUUGAAGAAGAGCCGUCCAAUCCAUGUGCGCCCUCGCCAUGCGGUCCCAACAGCCAAUGCCGCGUGGUUAACGGCCAAGGGGUGUGCUCCUGUUUGCCCGAAUAUCAGGGCGCGCCGCCAUCGUGCAAACCCGAAUGUGUCGUCAGCUCUGAAUGUCCCUCAAAUAGAGCGUGCCAUAGAUUCAAAUGUGCCAACCCCUGCGUGGGAACCUGCGGAGUGGGCGCUAGAUGCGAGGUCAUCAACCACAACCCCAUCUGCAGCUGCCCGACGGGUUUGACUGGAGACCCGUUUGCCAGGUGCUACGAACAACCUCCAGAGCCAUCGCCCCGACCUGCGGCCAACCCUUGCGUGCCAUCGCCUUGCGGACUUAAUUCGGAGUGUCGCGACAUCGGAGGCCAACCGUCCUGCUCCUGUAGGGCCUCCUACAUGGGCGUGCCUCCAAAUUGCCGGCCGGAAUGUGUUGUCAACACGGACUGCCCGUCCCACUUGGCCUGCAUAACGGAAAAAUGCAAAGAUCCUUGCUUGGGGUCGUGCGGAUUCAACGCGGAGUGCAGAGUGCAGAACCACAUUCCGAUCUGCACCUGUGCUGAGGGCUUUGUGGGAAACGCCUUUACAGAGUGCGCACUCAAACCAGCCCCGCCGCCGCCCGAGAGGAAAGACCCUUGCAACCCAUCGCCUUGUGGGCAAAACGCUGUUUGCGACAACGGGGCGUGUUCUUGCCUGGCGCUAUAUCAAGGGGACCCCUAUGAGGGUUGCCGGCCGGAAUGCACCAUGAACACCGACUGCUCCCCAACAAAGAACUGUGUUAACCUCAAGUGCGUGGAUCCCUGUCCAGGCACUUGUGGAGAUCUGGCGAUUUGCGACGUGGCAAACCACCUGCCCAUUUGCAGAUGUCCGUCUGACUAUGAAGGCGAUCCGUUCGUUAGCUGCCGCAUUCGGCCGAGGAUCCCGCCUCAACCUGUGAACCCGUGCCAUCCCUCCCCAUGCGGCCCCAACAGCGUCUGCAAGGUGAACCACGGAGUAGCAGUGUGCUCGUGCCAGCAGGGCAUGAUAGGGAGCGCCCCUCAAUGCCGCCCUGAGUGCAUAGUGAGCGCUGAAUGCGCCCUCACCCAAGCCUGCCUCAACAACAAGUGCGUCGACCCCUGCCCAGGGACGUGUGGAGUAGGCGCGCUCUGCCAAGUGGUCAACCACAACCCCAUCUGCAGCUGCUCCUCUGGAAACACCGGCGAUCCCUUCACCAGGUGCUACGCCGUGCCAGCGGCUCCAGAGAACCCGCAGCCGUGCCAGCCCAGUCCGUGCGGUCCGAACUCAGUGUGUCAAGUGCGGGGCGAAAGUCCGGCCUGUUCGUGCUUGGAGGGUUACGUCGGCGUGCCGCCCUCCUGCCGGCCGGAGUGCACCAUCAAUCCGGAGUGUGCGAGUGUGCGGGCGUGCAUCAAUCAAAAGUGCCGCGACCCGUGCCCGGGCAGUUGCGGCGCUAACGCAGUGUGUUCGGUGGUGAAUCACAGUCCGUUGUGCUCUUGUGUGCCGGGCUACACGGGCGACCCCUUCCGAGGCUGUUUACCAACUCCACCGCCAGUGGCUGAUGUGGAGGUCAGAAAUCCCUGCCAACCUUCACCCUGUGGAACGAACGCAAUUUGCAAGGAGCGAAACGGCGCUGGCGCCUGCCAAUGUUUGCCUGAAUAUAUCGGGAACCCCUACGAAAAUUGCCGACCCGAGUGUAUCCAUAAUUCCGACUGUCCCUCCAAUAGGGCCUGUAUAAGGAGCAAAUGUAUGGACCCCUGUCCGGGCACUUGUGGCGCCAAUGCGCAAUGUCAAGUUAUUAACCACGCCCCAUCGUGUUCUUGUCUAAGUGGAUAUACUGGGGAUCCAUUUGCUUACUGUUCCCUACCGCCAACUGAACCGCUAGUGGUUCAAAACGAGGACCCCUGUAGACCUACGCCUUGCGGCCCUAAUAGUCAGUGUAGAGUAGUAAACCUCCAAGCUGUCUGCUCGUGUUUGCCCAACUACUCCGGUAGUCCACCAGGCUGCAGGCCGGAAUGCGUAGUUUCCUCGGAAUGUGCAAUGAAUACGGCCUGCAUCAACCAGAAAUGUGUGGAUCCCUGCCCGGGAACCUGCGGACUAAACGCUCACUGCCAAGUGAUCAAUCACAGCCCCAUUUGCAGCUGCCGUGGCGGCUUCACUGGGGAUCCCUUCACCAGAUGUUUCCCCGUACAACCUCCGCCCCCUGUCUCCGUGCCAGACGUGCAAGUAAACCCGUGCAUCCCAUCGCCCUGCGGCCCCUACUCGCAAUGCCGAAGCGCAGGAAGCACGCCGUCCUGCUCGUGCUUGCCCCAAUACAUCGGCAGCCUCCCCAACUGCCGCCCUGAGUGCACAAUUAAUCCAGAUUGCCCCAGUGUUCAGGCAUGUAUUCGCGAAAAAUGCGCCGAUCCAUGCCCAGGCGCGUGCGCCGCCAAUGCGGCAUGUUCCGUGCAGAAUCACCGGGCAAUUUGCAGCUGCCCUGCUGGCUAUAUUGGCGAUCCUUUCACUGGGUGUCAGCUCAAGCCCCUAGACGUAGUGCCCUUGGUAGAAGAAGACCCUUGCAACCCCUCGCCUUGUGGGGUGAAUGCCCAAUGCCGCAGUGGAAUCUGCACCUGCCUGCCUGAGUAUCUUGGAGACCCGUACAGGGGCUGUAGGCCCGAAUGUUCUCUUAACAAUGACUGUGCUCGGAAUAGAGCUUGUAUCCGGAUGAAGUGUGUUGAUCCCUGCCCAGGCACGUGUGGCAGUGGGGCUGUUUGCCAAGUGAUUGGCCACAUCCCCAUCUGCAGUUGCCCCAGUGGGUACAAUGGAAAUGCCUUUGUGGCAUGUCGACUAGCUGAACCCCUCCCCAAGGCCCAGCCCUGCAACCCCGCCCCGUGCGGUCCAAACAGCCAAUGUAGGGAAGUGAACGCGCAAGCGGUCUGUUCUUGCGUGCCGGGGUACAUUGGAAGUCCCCCAACUUGCAGGCCGGAGUGCGUUACCAGCUCGGAAUGUUCUUUGGUGCAGGCCUGUGUCAAUCAGAAAUGCGUUGAUCCAUGCCCAGGCACUUGCGGCAUCGCCUCCCUAUGCCAAGCGGUGAAUCACAACCCCAUUUGCAGCUGUCCAUCUGGAUAUGUUGGCGACCCCUUCACCAGGUGCAUCCCGAAACCCCCUGAAGAGCCCUCAGUCGAACCCACAAACCCUUGUCAACCAUCCCCGUGCGGUCCCAACUCGCAAUGCAAAGAGUCGAAUGGUUCGCCCUCAUGCUCAUGCCUUUCCCAGUUUAUUGGCACUCCGCCCAACUGUAGGCCUGAGUGCGUCAGCAGCAGCGAAUGCGCCAACCAUUUGGCUUGUAUUAAUCGAAAAUGCCUAGACCCCUGUCCAGGGGUGUGUGGGCAGAACGCCGAGUGCAGAGUAGUGAGCCACACUCCCAACUGCAUCUGCCUCCCUGGCUUUGAGGGCGAUCCAUUCAGUCAAUGUGUGCAGCCGAUCAGGCAGGAGGAGACACUGAACCCCUGCCAACCGUCCCCAUGUGGGUCUAAUGCGAUUUGCAAAGAGCGCAAUGGUGCAGGUGCUUGCGUCUGCAUUGAGGAGUAUAUAGGGAAUCCGUAUCAGGGCUGUAGGCCUGAAUGUUCCGUCAACUCCGACUGUCCUCAAACCAAGGCCUGCUUGAGGAGCAAGUGCAUGGAUCCUUGCCCGGGAACUUGUGGGCAAAAUGCCAAUUGCCAAGUGGUCAAUCACCUGCCUUCAUGUACUUGUGCGCCUGGAUACACCGGCGAUCCGUUCCGAUUCUGUCAACUAAUAGAGCCUAUGCGCGAUAUUGAACCCGUGAACGUUUGCCAGCCCAGCCCAUGUGGGCCGAAUAGUCAAUGCCGCAAGGUGAACGGUCAGGCGGUUUGUUCGUGCUUGCCUACUUUUGUUGGAAGUCCGCCCAGUUGCCGCCCCGAAUGCGUGGUGAGCUCGGAAUGCGCCACCAAUAGAGCUUGCGUGAGCCAAAAAUGUGUCGACCCAUGCCCGGGAACUUGCGGGCUCAAUGCACAAUGCCAAGUGAUCAAUCACAGCCCAAUUUGCAGCUGCAGCCCCAGGUUCACUGGGAAUCCCUUCACCCGAUGCUACCAAAUACCGCCUCCUCUUCCUGAGCCAAUAGCGCCGAUCGUUAGCGACCCAUGCGUUCCAUCGCCCUGCGGGCUUAACUCGCUUUGUAGGAACAUAAAUGGAAACCCCUCGUGCUCCUGCCUGCCUAGUUACAUAGGAUCCCCUCCCAGCUGCAGGCCAGAAUGCCUCAUCAACGCCGAGUGCCCCAGCAGCUUCGCCUGCAUCCAGGAGAAGUGCAAAGACCCUUGCCCAGGCUCUUGCGGAAGCGGAGCAGAAUGCUCAGUAGUCAAUCACACACCAAUCUGCCGAUGUAAUGAGGGUUUCAUUGGGGAUCCGUUCAGCUACUGCUCCCCUAAGCCUCCAGCGCCAGUUCAACCUCUGGAGGAGGAUCGUUGUAACCCAUCGCCUUGCGGUUCGAAUGCUCAGUGCAAUGAAGGCCUGUGCUCCUGCCUGCCAGAGUUCCAAGGAGACCCUUACCAAGGCUGUCGGCCGGAAUGUGUCCUAAACAACGACUGCCCCAGGAACUUGGCCUGUUUGCGCAGCAAAUGCAAAAAUCCCUGCCCUGGCACGUGCGGCCUCAAUGCAAUUUGCAGCGUAAUCAAUCACAUCCCCAUGUGCUCUUGCCAGCAAGGCUAUGCAGGAAACGCUUUCGUGGCCUGUAGUCCCAUACCAGUUGAAAGGCCGACCAACCCCUGCAACCCCUCGCCCUGUGGCCCCAACAGCCAAUGUAGGGAAGUAAAUGGGCAGGCCGUUUGCUCGUGCGUCCCUGGCUAUCUGGGCAACCCUCCCACUUGUCGGCCAGAGUGCGUAACUAGUCCCGAAUGUCGACUGAAUCAAGCGUGUGUGAAUCAAAAAUGCAUUGACCCUUGCCCUGGCACCUGCGGCCUUAGUGCGACCUGCCAGGUGAUCAACCACAACCCCAUUUGCAGCUGCCCUGCUAGAUACAGUGGAGAUCCCUUCACCCGAUGCCUCCCCAUGCGAGACCCUGAGCCAGUGGUUCGGCCGCCACAGCCCUGCGAAGUAUCGCCCUGCGGGCCUAACGCCCAAUGUAGGGCAAUUGGCGAAUCGGAAUCCUGCUCGUGUUUGCCCGAGUUUAUUGGCACUCCGCCCAACUGUAGACCAGAGUGCGUUAGUAACAGCGAAUGCCCCAAUCACUUGGCUUGUAUCAGCAGAAAAUGCAAAGACCCCUGCCCUGGCACGUGUGGAUUAAACGCCGAGUGCCGAGUGGUGAGCCACACGCCGAACUGCAUUUGCUCCCCAGGAUAUUUUGGCGAUCCCUUCCUGCAAUGCAACAUCCAGCAAGCUGCGCUGCCAGAGAUUCUCAACCCCUGCAACCCGUCGCCAUGCGGAAGCAACGCGCUGUGCAACGAAAGAAACGGAGCUGGUUCGUGUGUGUGUUUGCCCGAGCACAUCGGCAAUCCCUACGAAGGCUGUCGUCCGGAAUGUUCAGUCAAUUCUGAUUGCCCGUCCAGUAGAGCCUGCAUCAGAAAUAAGUGCCAAGACCCGUGUCCGGGCACCUGUGGGCAAAACGCCUUCUGUCAAGUGAUCAACCAUCUCCCCUCUUGCAGUUGCAACGGAGGCUUCACUGGUGACCCCUUCAGAUUCUGCUCGCCUAUUCCUCCACAGCCUCAAGAAGAUAUUCCCUCCAACCCUUGUCAGCCCAGCCCUUGCGGCCCCAACAGCCAAUGCCGCGAGGCGAACGGGCAGGCUGUUUGCUCUUGUCUGCCCGAUUACUUUGGAAGUCCCCCGGGCUGCAGGCCUGAAUGCACCGUUAGCUCAGAAUGCGCUCAGAACCGGGCCUGUGUCAACCAAAAGUGCACUGAUCCCUGCCCAGGAACAUGCGGGCUCAAUGCAUUGUGCAACGUUAUUAAGCACAGUCCAAUUUGCAGUUGCAAGGUGCAAUUCACCGGCGAUCCCUUCACCCGAUGCUACCCAAUUCCACCCCCUCCAGUUGAGGUCGGUCCCAUUAUGAGGCCCGAUCCAUGCGUCCCAUCCCCAUGUGGGCCCAAUAGUCAUUGUAGGAACAUUAACGGGGCGCCGUCCUGCUCUUGUUUGGCCAAUUACUUGGGAAGUCCGCCCAAUUGCAGGCCGGAGUGCAGCGUCAAUUCGGACUGCAGCAGCGAUUCGGCCUGUAUCAAUGAAAAGUGCCGCGACCCUUGCCCAGGAUCGUGCGGGGCUGGGGCUGUUUGCAACGUUGUCAACCAUAUACCCAUAUGUAGAUGUCCUGAAGGAUUCACAGGAGACCCGUUCAGCUACUGCAAUCCGAAGCCACCAGAACCAGACGUGCAGGAGACGGAUCCUUGCAAUCCUUCGCCCUGCGGGCCCAAUGCAGUUUGCACCAACGGCAUCUGCAGCUGCAUUGCCGAAUAUCACGGAGAUCCUUAUAGGGAAUGUAGGCCUGAGUGUGUUCUUGCCAGUGACUGUCCAAGGGACAAAACUUGUAUGCGAAACAAGUGCCGAGACCCUUGCCCGGGCACUUGCGGCCAAAACGCCCAAUGCACCGUCCUCAAUCACAUCCCAAUAUGUUCUUGUUUACCCGGAUUCUCCGGCAACGCCUUCUUGGUGUGCUCAGCAAUUCCAGCGGAAGCUCCUAAGAACCCUUGCAGUCCCUCACCAUGCGGCCCCAACAGCCAAUGUAGGGAAAUCAACGGCCAGGCGGUGUGCUCGUGCGUGGUUGGCUACAUGGGAAGUCCUCCCAAUUGUCGACCAGAAUGCGUCACUAGUCAGGAGUGCCUCUUGACUCAAGCGUGCGUAAACCAGAAGUGCAUCAACCCAUGUUUGGGAACGUGCGGCAUUGGGGCGCGAUGCCAAGUGGUCAAUCACAGCCCCAUUUGCUCUUGCCCCGAACGGUUCUCUGGAAACCCCUUCAUUCGGUGUCUAGCAGUGCAAGAAGAACCUGUGGAGGCAGUGCCAACUAAUCCCUGCCAACCUUCGCCUUGCGGUCCCAAUGCGGAAUGUCGGGCAGUUGGAGGGUCUCCCUCUUGCUCCUGCUUAUCUGGGUUUGUCGGUUCGCCCCCCAAUUGCCGUCCCGAGUGCGUCUCCAACUCAGAUUGUUCCUAUACUCUGGCCUGCAUGGGCAAUAAAUGCAAAGAUCCCUGCCCAGGCACUUGUGGGCUCAAUGCGGAGUGUCGCGUUGUGAGCCAUACGCCCAACUGCAUAUGCGUUGCCGGAUUCACUGGGGAUCCCUUCAGGCAGUGUCAUCCGCCCCAACUCCCCCAAGAGGCUUUUAGACCCUGUUCGCCAUCCCCCUGUGGGGCAAACGCGGAUUGUCGGGAGCAAAACGGCGCUGGAGCAUGCGUGUGUUUGCAGGAUUACAUCGGAAACCCCUAUGAGGGUUGCCGGCCUGAGUGCGUGCUCAACUCCGACUGUCCUUACAACAAGGCCUGUCUGAGAAGCAAGUGCAAAGAUCCCUGUCCUGGAACCUGCGGCCAAAACGCCAAUUGCCAAGUGGUCAAUCACCUGCCAAUGUGCACUUGCCUGCCUGGAUAUACCGGAGAUCCCUUCCGCUUCUGUAGCAUACCACCAGAGCCGGUGCAAGAUGAGGCUCCGCCUCAAAACCCCUGCAACCCCAGCCCUUGCGGGCCAAACAGUCAGUGCCGCGAAGUGAACGGACAGGCUGUCUGUUCCUGUUUGCCCAAUUACUCGGGAAGCCCGCCCGGCUGUAGGCCUGAAUGCACCGUCAGCUCGGAAUGUGCCUUGAACAGGGCUUGCAUCAGCCAGAAAUGCCAAGAUCCAUGCCCGGGCACUUGUGGGCUCAACGCUAAAUGCCACGUGAUCAAUCACAGCCCCAUUUGCAGCUGCAAUCCUGGCCAUACUGGGGAUCCAUUCACCCGAUGCUUUAGAAUCCCGCCUGCGGUUGUCCUACCGGUUGCACCAGCUGUCACCGAUCCCUGCCUGCCCUCACCUUGUGGGCCUAACAGUCAAUGUAGAACCCUUAACGGGGUGGCUAGUUGUAGCUGCCUGGUAGAUUUCAUCGGAAGUCCCCCCAACUGUAGGCCCGAGUGCACGAUAAACCCAGAAUGCCCCAGCGAUCUGGCUUGUAUAAGGCAGAAAUGCAACAACCCCUGCUUGGGAGCGUGCGGAAGUGGCGCUCACUGCUCAGUGAUCAACCACGUCCCGAUAUGCACAUGUGCGGACGGUUACAUGGGCGAUCCGUUCAGCUACUGUGUGGUCAAACCUUUGGAAACCGAACCGGUGGUCCGCGACCCUUGCAACCCAUCGCCUUGUGGGGCGAACGCCCUCUGCGAUAAUGGAGCGUGCUCCUGCUUGCCGGAAUACCAUGGCGAUCCGUACAGCGGCUGUAGGCCGGAGUGUCUUCUUAGCGACGACUGCUCCCGCCACUUGGCUUGCGUAACCCAAAAGUGCAGAGAUCCUUGCCCAGGAACAUGCGGCCAGAACGCCGAAUGCAGCGUGGUCAACCACAUUCCCAUGUGCACUUGCUUGCAAGGCUUCGAAGGCAACGCCUUUGUGGUUUGCAAUCGAAUCGAAAAGCCUCGUCCUCAGAACCCGUGUAGUCCCUCGCCCUGCGGACCAAACAGUCAGUGCAGGGCACUGAAUGGGCAGGCCGUUUGCUCAUGUGUGCCCGGUUUUAUUGGGGCGCCGCCCACUUGCAGGCCGGAAUGCGUGUCCAGUGCGGAAUGCAACUUGAACCAAGCGUGCCUAAACCAGAAAUGCAUCGAUCCAUGUCCAGGAACGUGUGGUGUGGGCGCGCUAUGUCAAGUGGUCAAUCACAACCCGAUUUGUAGUUGCCCGCCCCAAUUAUCGGGCGAUCCGUUUAUUCGAUGUGUGCCAGUCCAGCAACCCCAGAUAACUCCAACCAAUCCCUGCCAACCAUCGCCAUGCGGCCCCAACGCCCAAUGCCAGCCGGUUGGGGAUAGUCCAUCCUGUUCUUGCCUGCAGGAAUUUAUUGGCGUGCCGCCCAACUGCAGGCCGGAAUGUGUCAGCAGCAGCGAAUGCCCCAAUCACUUGGCUUGCAUGCGCCAGAAAUGCAAAGACCCCUGCCCUGGUAGUUGUGGUAGCAAUGCAGAAUGUCGCGUUGUCAGCCACACGGCGAACUGCGUGUGCAUUGCUGGAUACAUCGGCAACCCUUUCAGCUCCUGCCAGUUGCCUCCACCACCUCCACUCGAGCAUCUCAGUGUUUGCACGCCGUCCCCUUGCGGCUCGAAUGCUCUGUGCAGGGAGCGGAAUGGGGCGGGUCAAUGUGCUUGCCUACCCGGAUACCUAGGAAAUCCCUAUGAAAGCUGCAGGCCGGAGUGCACGAUUAACCCUGAUUGCCCGUCAAACAAGGCUUGCUCCAACAAUAAGUGUAUUGAUCCUUGCCCGGGCACCUGCGGGCAGAACGCCUAUUGCCAAGUGGUGAAACACGUGCCAUCGUGCACUUGCCAACCCGGCUACACUGGUGACCCCUUUAGGUAUUGCCAUCUAGUCACCGUUCAGCAAACCGUGGAAGAAGAGCCUACGAAGCCUUGCCAACCGUCCCCUUGCGGUCCGAACAGUCAAUGUCGUGAGGUAAAUGGACAGGCGGUAUGUUCGUGUCUGCCGGAAUAUGUUGGAAGUCCGCCCAGUUGUCGGCCGGAAUGCGUGGUCAGCUCGGAAUGCUCAUUCCAACGAGCGUGCAUCAACAACAAGUGCGCUGACCCGUGCCCUGGCACGUGCGGGCUGAGUACGAGCUGCCAGGUGGUCAAUCACAGCCCAAUCUGCAGCUGCCGGCCUGGCACCACUGGCAAUCCGUUCACCAGAUGCUACCCAAUUCCGCCCCCUCCAACACCGCAACCUAUACCAGUGCCUGUCAACCCUUGUGUGCCCUCCCCAUGCGGCCCCAAUAGCGAAUGCCGGGACAUCAAUGGCAGCCCCUCUUGCAGCUGUAGGGCCACGUAUGUGGGCAGUCCUCCCAACUGUAGGCCCGAAUGUGUCAUCAAUGCGGAAUGCCCCAGCAACUUGGCGUGUAUCAGGGAAAAGUGCCAGGAUCCUUGCCCGGGAUCUUGUGGGUUGAACGCCCAGUGUUCGGUGAUUAAUCAUGUGUCCAUUUGCACUUGUUUUGACGGGUAUACCGGCGAUCCCUUCAGGGCUUGCACUGUCCAAAAACCACCAGCAAUGCUUGAAGAGCCUGACCCGUGUAAUCCCUCGCCCUGUGGGGCAAAUGCUCGCUGUGACGAUGGGGUGUGCAGCUGCCUUGCAGAGUACCAAGGAGAUCCCUAUCAGGGCUGCAGGCCUGAAUGUGUAGUCAGCAACGAUUGUCCCCGCGACAAAGCGUGCAUUCGGAGCAAAUGUGCCGACCCUUGUGCUGGAACAUGCGGGCGAAGCGCCCAGUGCAACGUCUACGAGCAUGUUCCCAUGUGCUCCUGCCUGCCAGGAUUCACUGGCAAUGCGUUCGUCUUAUGCUCGGAAGUCCAAGUUCCGCGCCCUGUUAGCCCUUGUUCGCCAAGCCCUUGCGGGCCCAACAGCCAAUGCAGAGAGAUCAAUCAGCAAGCCGUUUGCUCCUGCCUGCCGAGCUACAUUGGCAUUCCUCCAACUUGCCGGCCGGAGUGCACCUCCAGCUACGAAUGCCCCCUGAGUCAGGCUUGCCUGAAUCAAAAAUGCAUCGAUCCCUGCCCGGGCACUUGCGGAAUGAACGCCAAGUGCCAAGUGGUCAAUCACAACCCCAUUUGCAGCUGCCCGGCUGGGCAGACCGGCGACCCUUUCAUCAGGUGUCGGCCUACUCCGAUUGAAGCCCCCCAGGUUGUGGCCAACCCGUGCCAACCAUCUCCAUGUGGACCGAACGCGCAGUGCAAGGAAAUCAAUGAUUCUCCCUCUUGCUCCUGUUUGCCCGGGUUCAUCAGCUCUCCCCCCAACUGUAGGCCGGAGUGCGUCAGCAACAGCGAAUGCGCCAACCACUUGGCCUGUAUCGGCAAUAAAUGCAAGGAUCCUUGCCCAGGAACAUGCGGCCAGAAUGCAGAGUGUCGUGUGGUGAGCCACACACCCAACUGCGUUUGUAUCGCCGGUUAUACAGGCAACCCAUUCACUUCCUGUGGAAUUAUUCCUCUGCCACUACCAACGGAAACGGUCAAUCCUUGUGUACCUUCCCCAUGUGGGGCGAAUGCCGAGUGUCGCGUUCAGAAUCAAGCUGGCUCCUGCACGUGCGUGCCUGAAUACAUCGGCAACCCCUACGAAGGGUGCCGCCCAGAAUGCUCACUCAACUCGGACUGUCCCUCAAAUAGGGCCUGCAUCAACAACAAGUGCGCUGAUCCGUGCCCAGGAACUUGCGCUCAGAACGCCUACUGCCAAGUUGUCAACCAUUUGCCCAGUUGCAGCUGCAACGUGGGCUUCACUGGGGAUCCCUUCAGCUAUUGCAAUGUCAUGCCGCCAGAACCCCCGGCCAAUGACGUUCCCCAAAACCCUUGCCAGCCCACGCCUUGUGGGCCCAACAGCCAAUGCAAGGAGCUCAACGGGCAGGCUGUAUGUUCUUGUCUGGCUCAGUACAUUGGCAGCCCUCCAGCCUGUCGGCCAGAGUGCACAGUGAGCGCUGAGUGCCCCCAAAGUCAAGCUUGCGUUAACCAGAAAUGCGUUGAUCCAUGCCCAGGCACAUGUGGCUUGAACGCCAACUGCCAAGUAGUGAAUCACAGCCCCAUUUGCAGCUGUAGAAUCAGCUACACUGGGGAUCCAUUUUCCCGGUGUUACCCUGUUCCGCCUCCUCCUCCUGUGGUGGAGCCCGUCAGGGACCCUUGCAGUCCUUCUCCAUGUGGAACCAAUGCGCAGUGUAGAAACAUUGGCGGGUCACCUUCAUGUUCCUGUCUUCCCCAGUUCCUGGGCAGUCCUCCAAGUUGUAGGCCUGAAUGUUCGAUAAACUCGGAAUGCGCCAGCAAUCUGGCGUGUAUUACUCAGAAGUGCCGAGAUCCCUGCCCAGGCUCGUGCGGUAUCAGAGCGCAGUGCUCAGUGAUCAACCACACGCCGAUUUGUACGUGUCUGGAAGGCUACAUAGGAGAUCCAUUCACCAGCUGCGCGCCCAAGCCGCCUCCUCCUAUUGCGCCUGUGGAAUCUGAUCCGUGCAACCCAUCGCCUUGUGGGCCGAACGCACAAUGCAACGAUGGGGUCUGCACUUGCCUACCUGAAUACCACGGGGACCCAUACAGGGGAUGCAGGCCGGAAUGCGUCCUGAACAACGACUGCCCCAACGACAGGGCCUGCAUCAGAAGCAAAUGCAUUGAUCCUUGCCCGGGAACAUGCGGCCAGAAUGCUGAGUGUUCGGUUCAGAACCACAUCCCCAUCUGCACCUGCUCUUUUGGAUACGCUGGCAAUGCUUUCAUUCUCUGCACCCUUAUUCCGAAGCCAGUGGUGACAAAUCCAUGCAUCCCUACGCCCUGCGGGCCCAACAGCCAAUGUAGGGAAGUCAAUGGACAGGCUGUGUGCUCGUGCGUUCCAGGCUUCAUUGGCAGCCCACCAAGUUGUCGGCCGGAAUGCGUAACCAGCGCUGAAUGCGCAUUGAAUAAGGCUUGCGUUAACCAGAAGUGUAUGGAUCCUUGCCCGGGGACUUGCGGUUUGAACGCCCAGUGUCAAGUGGUGAACCAUAACCCGAUCUGCACCUGCUUCGACCACUAUGUGGGAGACCCCUUCGUCAGAUGCUUGCCCAAACCGUUGGAGGAACCUCAAAUCGUGAACCCAUGCCAACCGUCGCCUUGCGGCCCCAACUCGCAAUGUCGCGCAACUAACGGCAGUCCACAAUGCACUUGUUUGCCCGAGUUUAUUGGAUCACCCCCAAAUUGCCGGCCCGAGUGCUUCAGCAACAACGAGUGCGCCUCCAACCUGGCCUGUAUCGGUCAAAAGUGCAAAGACCCUUGCCCGGGCCUGUGCGGCCAGAAUGCAGAGUGCAGGGUGGUCAGCCAUACCCCCAACUGCGUAUGCACUUCCAACUAUGUGGGAAAUCCGUUUAUUCUGUGCUCGCCGCCUCAAUCGCCAGCACCACCGGAGAUAAUCUCUCCUUGCUCGCCGUCCCCUUGUGGUCCAAACGCCGUUUGCAAGGCGCUGAACAAUGCGGGAUCUUGCACGUGCAUACCGGACUACUUCGGCGAUCCUUACCAAGGAUGCCGGCCGGAGUGCACGGUUAAUUCCGACUGUCCAAUGAAUAGGGCUUGCAUCAACAAAAAAUGCCAAGACCCUUGCCCAGGGGCGUGUGGGCAGAAUGCCGAGUGCCAUGUGCGGAACCACCUGCCUCAAUGUUCCUGCUUGGCAGGCCAUACUGGAGAUCCGUUUAGAUUCUGCAGCGUCAUUCAAGCAAUUGAAGCGCCGGCGACACCUCAAAACCCUUGCAACCCGUCCCCUUGCGGUCCAAACAGCCAGUGCAAGGAGGUGAAUGGACAGGCCAUCUGCUCGUGCUUGCCGCAGUAUAUCAGCUCGCCCCCCAACUGCCGACCUGAGUGCACAGUGAGCUCAGAAUGUGCUCAGAAUUUGGCAUGUCUGAACCAGAAAUGCGCGGAUCCCUGUCCGGGAACGUGCGGACUUAACGCCCAAUGUUCUGUGAUCAAUCACAGCCCCAUUUGCAGCUGUAGGGCUGGUCACACUGGGGAUCCGUUCACCCGAUGCUACCCCAUACCUUCUCCUCCCUUGGUACAGGAGGACAUUCCUUAUAGAAACCCAUGCGUGCCAUCCCCGUGCGGCCCAAACAGCCAAUGCCAGGACUUGAAUCAAUCACCGGUUUGCGCUUGUUUGCCCACAUAUGUUGGGAGCCCACCAAACUGCCGGCCCGAAUGCACCAUUAACUCAGAGUGCUCCUUCAAGCUGGCCUGCAUCCGGGAGAAAUGCCGAGAUCCUUGCCCAGGAUCGUGCGGCACCAAUGCCAGAUGCUCGGUCAUCAACCACACCCCCAUUUGCACGUGCAUUGAAGGUUUUAUAGGCGAUCCCUUCAGCUACUGUUCCCCUAAGCCGGUUGAGCCUCCCCCAUUGGUGGAAAGCGACCCUUGCAACCCCUCCCCAUGCGGGGCGAACGCCCAAUGCCACAACGGCAUCUGCACUUGCCUGCCUGAGUAUCACGGCGAUCCCUAUGCGUCUUGCCGGCCGGAGUGCGUGCUGAACAACGAUUGCCCGAAGAAUCGAGCUUGCAUCCGGAUGAAGUGCGUUGAUCCCUGUCCGGGAACGUGCGGCCAAAACGCCGAAUGUGCUGCAAUUAAUCACAUCCCCAUGUGCACCUGCUUGCCCGGAUAUGUUGGCAAUGCCUUUACGUUCUGCUCGAAGAUUCCAGACACCACCUUGCAAAACCCCUGCAACCCCAGUCCUUGCGGCCCCAACAGCCAAUGCCGAGAAACCAGCGGCCAGGCCGUAUGCUCGUGUGUGCCGGGCUUUAUUGGCAGCCCGCCCACCUGCAGGCCGGAGUGCGUGCUCAGUUCAGAGUGCGCCUUGAACAGGGCCUGCGUAAACCAAAAGUGCUCCGACCCUUGCCCUGGCACCUGCGGACUUGGGGCUACUUGCCAGGUGGUCAACCACAACCCCAUCUGCAGCUGCCCCGCCAGACAAACUGGCAACCCGUUCGUUAGAUGCACUGCCCUGCAGGAAGAAGCGGUAGUGCCCUCGUUCCCCUGUCAACCGUCGCCUUGCGGCCCCUAUUCGCAAUGCCAGGUUGUCAAUGAGCAGGCGUCCUGCUCUUGCCUGCCGGGUUACGUUGGGGCGCCGCCCAACUGCAGGCCGGAAUGCGUCAGCAACAACGAUUGCGCCUACAGUUUGGCGUGUAUCGGCGAAAAAUGCCGCGACCCUUGCCCAGGUGUGUGUGGCAGGAAUGCCAACUGCCGCGCCUCCAACCACAGAGCUGACUGCUACUGUCUACCUGGAUUUUCUGGAAAUCCGUUCGUCUCUUGCUCAGUGCCACCGUCGCCACCAGCAGAAAUCAUCAACCCCUGCCUGCCUUCGCCCUGUGGGGCGAACGCCGUCUGUAGGGAGCAAAACCGCGCUGGUUCCUGCACUUGCCUACCCGAUUACAUCGGCAACCCCUACGAAGGCUGCCGGCCUGAGUGCGUCCUUAACUCCGACUGUGCCUCCAACAAGGCUUGCAUUGCCAACAAGUGCAAAGACCCCUGCCCAGGGGCGUGCGGCCAAAACGCCGACUGCACCGCCAUUAAUCAUCUGCCCUCGUGUGUUUGCGUGCCCGGAUUCACUGGGGAUCCAUUCACCUACUGCCAACCCGUCCCUGAACAAGUGUUGGAAGAGGCGCCAGAACGAAACCCUUGCGAGCCAUCGCCUUGCGGCCCGAACAGCCAAUGCCGCGAGCUGAACAAACAAGCCGUUUGCUCCUGUCUGCCGGAGUUCAUUGGAAGUCCUCCGAGUUGCCGGCCGGAGUGCGUGGUCAGUUCUGAGUGUCCUCAGAACAAGGCUUGCGUAAACCAGAAAUGCUCUGAUCCCUGCUCCGGCACCUGCGGCUUGAACUCCCAAUGCUCUGUGAUCAAUCACAGCCCCAUUUGCAGUUGCUCUCCAGGUCACACUGGGGAUCCCUUCACGCGUUGCUACCCUAUUCCACCGCCACCAGUGCAGCCCACUGUCAUCCAAGAUGACCCUUGUGUGCCCAGCCCUUGUGGGGCAAACUCCGAAUGUAGCAACGUUGGAGGGUCGGCUGUUUGCAGAUGCAUGCCCACGUUCUUUGGAAGCCCGCCCAACUGCCGUCCAGAAUGCACAAUCAAUCAGGAAUGUUCCAGCGAUUUGGCCUGUAUCCGACAGAAGUGUACUGAUCCUUGCCCGGGAUCGUGUGGGUUUGGGGCGCGGUGCUCAGUGAUCAAUCACACGCCGAUUUGCGUCUGUCCUGAAGGCUAUCGAGGCGAUCCGUUCACUAACUGUGUUCCCAAGCCGCCACCUGCGCCUACGCCCGUAGAAGAAGACCCAUGCAAUCCGUCACCUUGUGGAGCGAAUGCUCGCUGCAAUGAGGGCGUUUGCACCUGUUUGCCUGAAUAUCUGGGCGAUCCGUAUAGAGGCUGUAGGCCGGAAUGCGUGCUGAAUAAUGACUGCCCUUGGAACAGGGCGUGUGUUCGCAGCAAAUGCAGCGAUCCAUGCCCGGGAACAUGCGGAACUAAUGCGGAGUGCAGUGUGGUCAACCACAUCCCCAUGUGCUCCUGCUUGCAAGGGUUCACUGGCAAUGCGUUCACAGCCUGCUCGCCCAUACCACCCGCGAUUCCACAAAACCCCUGCAACCCCUCGCCAUGCGGCCCCAACAGCCAAUGCAGACAGAUCAACGACCAAGCAGUUUGCUCGUGUGUGGUCGGCUUCAUUGGAAGUCCUCCGAGCUGCAGGCCGGAAUGCGUGACCAGCUCAGAAUGCCCCUUGAACGAGGCCUGUGUUAACCAAAAAUGCAUCGACCCUUGCCCGGGAACGUGUGGCAUCAACUCGCUGUGCCAAGUGGUCAACCACAACCCCAUAUGCAGCUGCGCUCCACGCCAUACAGGCGAUCCAUUCGUUCAGUGCACGCCAAUUCGUGAUGAGCCAGUGGAGAUUAAAAACCCAUGCAACCCGUCGCCUUGUGGCCCCAACUCGCAGUGUAGGGAAACCAAUGGCAGCCCAUCCUGUUCGUGCCUACCAGGGUUUAUUGGGGCGCCGCCCAACUGCAAGCCCGAAUGCAUCAGCAACAGCGAAUGCGCCAACCAUUUGGCCUGCAUUGGCCAGAAGUGCACGGACCCUUGCCCGGGCAUUUGCGGCCAGAAUGCAGAGUGUCGAGUGGUUAGCCAUACUCCCAACUGUGUCUGUUUGACUGGAUUCGAAGGGAAUCCUUUCUCCAGCUGCUCCCCACAAGUUGUCCAACCAGUUCCCAGGCCGACGCCCUGCUUGCCAUCUCCUUGCGGCGCCAACGCCCAAUGCCGUGAGCAAAAUGGGGCUGGUGCGUGUAUUUGCUUGCCGGAAUUCAUAGGGAAUCCUUAUGAAGGCUGCCGGCCGGAAUGCAGCAUCAACUCCGAUUGUCCCUCGAACAAAGCAUGCGUCCGAAACAGAUGCACUGAUCCUUGCCCUGGAACGUGUGGGCAGAACGCUGAAUGCCAGGCCAUCAAUCAUCUGCCCUCGUGCAGUUGCUUAGCGCAAUACACUGGAGAUCCCUAUCGAUACUGCAGCUUGGUGCCUCCUGAGCCUGUGAGGGAAGAGCAGCCCCAGAAUCCUUGCCAGCCCUCGCCCUGCGGACCAAACAGCCAAUGCCGCGAAGUCAAUGGCCAAGCUGUCUGCUCGUGCCUCCCAGAGUUCGUAGGCAGUCCUCCCGGCUGUAGGCCUGAAUGCGUGGUUAGUGGGGAAUGUCCGCCAAGCAAGGCCUGUGUGAACUUGAAAUGCGCGGAUCCUUGCCCUGGAACAUGCGGCCUGAAUGCCAACUGCCACGUGAUCAACCACAGCCCCAUAUGCAGCUGCUUGUCCCAAUAUACCGGAGAUCCGUUCACUAGAUGCUAUCCCAUUCCAGCGCCGGUGCCGCAGGAGGAGCCAAUAGCUCAGAACCCGUGUGUGCCAUCGCCCUGCGGACCCAACAGCGAGUGUCGCGAUAUAGGCGGAAACCCCUCCUGUUCCUGCUUGCGUACGUUUAUCGGCAGCCCUCCGAACUGCCGACCGGAAUGCUCGAUUAAUGCGGAAUGCCCGCAUAACUUGGCCUGCAUCCAACAGAAAUGCCGCGAUCCUUGCCCGGGCUCAUGCGGCAGGAACGCCCAAUGCUCCGUUAUCAACCAUACCCCGAUCUGCAGCUGUCUGGAUGGGUAUAUUGGUGAUCCGUUCACUAGUUGCUCACCCAAACCGCCCUCGCUUCCGGUGGUGGAAGCUGAUCCUUGCAACCCCUCGCCCUGCGGGGCCAAUGCCCAAUGCAGUAGGGGAAUCUGCACUUGCCUGCCUGAAUACCACGGUGACCCUUAUAGAGGGUGCAGGCCGGAAUGCGUCCUCAAUGAGGACUGUGCUAGGAAUAGGGCUUGUAUCAGGAACAAGUGCCUGGACCCUUGUCCGGGCACCUGCGGCCAGAACGCUGAGUGUGCAGUAAUCAACCACAUCCCGAUAUGUUCCUGCCGGUCCGGAUUUGUGGGCAACGCCUUCGUAGCUUGCUCCCCUAUUCCAGUGGAAGCUCCGCAAAACCCGUGCCAGCCUGCGCCCUGCGGUCCCAAUAGUCAAUGUCGCGAGCUCAACGGCCAGGCCGUGUGCUCCUGCGUGCCUGGAUACAUCGGAACUCCGCCCAGCUGCCGGCCCGAGUGUGUCACCAGUCCGGAAUGCCCCUUGAACAGAGCUUGCCUUAACCAAAAAUGCAUCGACCCUUGUCCGGGGACGUGCGGACUGAACGCCCAAUGUUCGGUGGUCAAUCACAACCCCAUUUGCAGCUGCUUGCCUGGCCAGACUGGGGAUCCCUUCACCAGAUGUCUCCCCAUAAGAGAAGAACCGCCCCUGGCGCCUACCAAUCCAUGCCAGCCCAAUCCGUGCGGUCCAAACGCCCAAUGCAAAGACGUUGGGAACGCCCCCUCCUGCUCCUGCCUGCCGGAAUUCAUCGGCACCCCACCUAAUUGCCGGCCGGAGUGUGUCAGUAAUAGCGAAUGUGCCGCGCACCUGGCCUGUAUCAGUCAAAAGUGCAAAGAUCCCUGUCCUGGGACAUGCGGCCUGGAUGCCGCUUGCCGAGUGGUCAGCCACACUCCCAACUGCAUUUGCCAGCCAGGAUUUGCAGGCAAUCCAUUUGUCCAGUGCACCUUGAAGGUGGAAGUGCCUCAGCCUGAACGGCCCACGCCUUGUAUACCAUCGCCAUGUGGCGCGAAUGCCCUCUGCAGGGAGCAGAACGGAGCUGGCGCCUGCCAAUGUCUGCAAGAGUACAUUGGAAAUCCUUAUGAAGGCUGCCGUCCGCAAUGUUCUCUCAACUCUGACUGUCCCUCUAAUAAGGCUUGCCUAAGCAACAAGUGCCAAGAUCCCUGUCCGGGGGCUUGUGGGAGCAAUGCCCAAUGCCAACCGAUCAACCAUCUGCCCUCCUGCAGUUGCAAUGUCGGAUACACCGGCGAUCCAUUCCGGCACUGUGCAGUUAUUGUAGAAGAACCGAUCGUCGCCGAGCCCGCCAAGCCAUGUGAGCCUUCGCCCUGCGGGCCCAACAGUCAAUGCCGCGAACUCAACGCGCAGGCGGUGUGCUCUUGUCUUCCAGACUAUCAGGGCACGCCUCCAGGUUGCCGGCCUGAGUGCGUGGUUAGCUCAGAAUGUGCGCUGGAUAAAGCCUGCGUUACCCAGAAGUGCGCUGAUCCAUGCGUGGGGGUUUGUGGGUUGAACGCCAAAUGCCAAGCGAUCAACCACAGCCCCAUUUGCAGCUGCUCGAGCGGCUUUACUGGGGAUCCCUUCAGUCGCUGUUAUGCAACUCCAGCUCCUCCAGUCGAAGAUGUGGUUCGACCGAUAGUGGAUCCUUGCGUGCCCUCGCCCUGCGGGCCCAACUCCCAGUGUCGCGCUAUUGGAGGGUUCCCGUCCUGCAGCUGCCUAGUUAGCUACAUCGGUUCCCCUCCAAGCUGUCGGCCCGAAUGCACCAUUAACUCCGAAUGUCCCACCGACCAGGCGUGCAUGCAGCAGAAGUGCCGCGACCCUUGCCCAGGGCUUUGUGGGCCUGGGGCCCAAUGUAGCGUCUUCAACCACAUCCCAGUUUGCGUCUGCCUAGAAGGGUAUACAGGCGAUCCGUUUAGUUUCUGCCGCGUGAAAGUCCCAGAGCCAGUUGUGGAGCAGGACCCGUGCAACCCAUCCCCGUGUGGCGCGAAUGCGCAAUGCAACAAAGGCACUUGCACAUGCGUGCCCGACUACCAGGGCGACCCUUACGUGGGAUGCCGGCCAGAGUGCCUACUGAACACCGAUUGUCCUAACAGCAAGGCUUGCCUCAGGCAGAAGUGCGUGGACCCCUGUCCAGGCACAUGCGGCCAGAACGCCGAGUGUUCAGUCAUCAACCACAUCCCUACAUGCGCCUGCCUGAGCGGCUAUCAAGGCAACGCCUUCGUAGGCUGCCAGCAGGUUCCGGCAGAUUUGCCCCAGAAUCCCUGCAAUCCUACGCCCUGCGGGCCCAACAGUCAUUGUAGGGAAAUCAACGGCCAGGCGGUUUGCUCGUGUGUGCCAGGAUUUAGCGGCAGCCCUCCGGCUUGCCGGCCGGAGUGCGUGUCAUCCAACGAAUGCUCCUUGGACAAGGCUUGCCAGAACCAAAAGUGCAUCGAUCCUUGUCCGGGAACAUGCGGAGUCAACGCCCUCUGUCAAGUGGUCAACCACAAUCCCAUUUGCAGUUGCCCUAGCAGGCACUCUGGGGACCCCUUCACUAGAUGCGCGCCUAUCGUGGAAGAGCCAGUAGUAGUGGACCCAUGCAACCCGUCACCUUGCGGCCCCAAUGCCCAGUGCAAAGAAAUUCGCGGGUCGCCAUCCUGCUCCUGCGUGCCGCAGUUUAUCGGCCAGCCUCCCAAUUGCCGACCCGAGUGUGUCAGCAACAGCGAGUGCGCCAACCACUUGGCCUGCAUCAGUCAAAAGUGCACAGAUCCCUGCCCUGGAACGUGUGGGGAAAACGCCGACUGCAGAGUGGUCAGUCACAGCCCCAACUGCAUUUGCCUGCAGGGCUACGCUGGGAAUCCUUUCGUGCGGUGCAACAUUGUUGAAGCCCCUAGGCCUUUGGAACAGAUAAACCCCUGCUACCCGUCGCCUUGCGGCGCUAACGCCGUCUGCAGGGAGCAAAACAACGCGGGCUCAUGCACGUGCAUCCAGGAUUACCUGGGAAAUCCCUAUGAGGGCUGCAGGCCGGAGUGCACGCUCAACUCCGAUUGUCCGUCAAGUCGGGCCUGCAUCGGGAACAAGUGCGUUGAUCCCUGCCCUGGCACGUGUGGGCAGAACGCCCAAUGUCAAGUGAUCAAUCACUUGCCCUCGUGCAGUUGCACUGUCGGCUACACUGGGGAUCCGUUCCGAUUUUGCACGGUUGUGCAGCAACAGCCAACACCUGUGGAAGAGCCGCCGCAAAGCCCUUGCCAGCCCUCGCCCUGUGGGCCCAACAGCCAGUGCAGGGAGGUCAACAGCCAGGCGGUUUGCUCUUGUUUGCCCACUUACGUGGGCUCGCCCCCAGGCUGUAGGCCCGAAUGCACGGUUAGCGCGGAGUGUCCGCAGGCUCAGGCCUGCAUUAACCAAAAAUGCGCCGAUCCCUGCCCAGGCACCUGCGGGCUUAGCGCCCAAUGCAGCGUUAUCAACCACAGCCCCAUCUGCAGUUGCCUGCCUGCGUUCACUGGGGAUCCGUUCACUCGCUGCUAUGCCAAUCCACCUGCGCCAUCAGAGCCGACUCAGCCAGUGCUGAGCAACCCUUGUGUGCCAUCGCCUUGCGGUCCCUACUCGAUCUGUCAGGAUAUGAGCGGCGCCCCGUCCUGCUCCUGCGUGUCCUCGUACAUUGGCAGCCCGCCCAAUUGCCGGCCGGAAUGCACCAUUAACUCAGACUGCGUCAGCAGGCUGGCGUGCAUCCGCGAGAAAUGCACGGAUCCAUGCCCGGGCUCUUGUGGGCUCAACGCGCAGUGCUCCGUAAUCAAUCACCUGCCAAUCUGCUCCUGCCUGGACGGAUACACAGGAGAUCCGUUCAACCGUUGUCAUCCCAAGCCGGCGCCGCCCGCCCCAACAGUUGAGGCCGAUCCAUGCAACCCCUCGCCUUGCGGGCCGAACGCCAUAUGCAACAGCGGCAGCUGCAGCUGCGUUCCAGAGUACCACGGCGAUCCCUAUAUGGGAUGUCGGCCCGAGUGCCUCCUUAGCACCGACUGUGCCAGAGAUAAGGCGUGCAUGAACCAAAAGUGUCGCGACCCUUGCCCGGGCACCUGCGGCCAAAACGCUGAAUGCGCCGUCAUAAACCACAUACCAAGCUGCACCUGCCUGCAAGGCUAUGCAGGUGAACCAUUUGUGAUUUGCCACAAAACUCCUGCGGAUGUUCCGCAAAACCCCUGCAACCCGUCGCCAUGUGGGCCCAACAGCCAAUGCCGCCCCAUCAAUGGUCAAGCGGUCUGUUCUUGCGUGCUGGGCUACAUUGGAAGCCCUCCAACCUGCCGCCCCGAGUGCAUCACCUCGAGUGAGUGCCCCCUUAAUCAAGCCUGCCUCAAUCAGAAGUGCAUCGAUCCCUGCCCGGGCACUUGCGGCAUAAAUGCGCUGUGUCAAGUCAUCAAUCACAACCCCGUAUGCAGUUGCCGUCAAAGACAGACCGGCGAUCCGUUUGUCCGGUGUGUGCCUAUCAGAGAAGAGCCCCCAGUGGAACCCACCAACCCUUGCCAACCAUCCCCUUGCGGCCCCAACUCUCAAUGCAGGGACCUGAAUGGUAGUCCCUCAUGCUCGUGCCUCCCUGAGUUUAUCGGCUCGCCUCCAAGUUGCCGGCCGGAGUGUGUGAGCAACAGCGAAUGCCGCUCUCACCUGGCGUGCAUCAACCAAAAGUGCAAAGACCCCUGUGAGGGAGUAUGCGGCCAAAACGCCGAGUGUCGAGUAGUGAGCCACACUCCCAACUGCGUCUGCUUGCCGGGCCACAACGGAAACCCCUUCCUGAGAUGCGCCACUAUUGAGGAACCGCGACCUCAGCCCGAAACCCCUACACCAUGCACGCCGUCCCCCUGCGGCGCCAACGCCAUGUGCAAAGAGCAAAGAGGAGCAGGCUCGUGUUCCUGUGUAGCUGACUACAUCGGCAACCCCUACGAGGGCUGUAGGCCGGAGUGCAGUCUGAACUCCGACUGUCCCUCCAACAAGGCGUGCAUCAACAACAAAUGCGCGGAUCCUUGUCCAGGAACGUGCGGGGUCAAUGCCGAUUGCCAGGUCAUCAACCACAUUCCGUCCUGUAAUUGUCCGCUUGGUUAUACUGGCGAACCGUUCACAGCCUGUUACAGAGCUCCCGAGCCCGUUCCACCAAGUGAGGUCGGACCAUCUCAUCCAUGUGACCCAUGGCCAUGCGGCCCCAACUCUGGGUGCCGGGAGAUUAGCGGGCAGGCUUCCUGCACGUGUCUUCCUGGUUACUUCGGGGCGCCGCCCGCUUGUAGACCUGAAUGCACUUACAAUUCGCAAUGUGCUCACAAUAAGGCUUGCUCGAACCAGAAAUGUGUGGAUCCGUGCCUGGGAACAUGCGGCUUGAACUCCCAGUGCUCCGUGAUCAACCACAGCCCCAUCUGUGUGUGUUCCUCCGGGUAUACCGGCGAUCCAUUCACUAGGUGCUACCGUCUCCCAUUGAAACCAUAUGACGGCCCAGUGGUUGUUAAGAACCCGUGUUUCCCUACGCCAUGCGGCCCCAACAGCCAAUGUAGGGUAGUAGAGGAAAACCCUUCGUGCUCUUGCCUACCGCACUAUGCUGGCGCUCCUCCAAACUGCCACCCCGAAUGCACACUGAGCUCCGAUUGUGCCUUGGGUUUGACGUGUAUUGACGCAAAGUGUCAAGACCCCUGCCCGGGCACUUGCGGCCUCCAAGCCGAUUGCCGAGUGGUGAAUCAUGCGCCAGUAUGCGUGUGUCCACUCGGAUAUGAGGGAGAUGCGUUCCUGGCGUGCUACCCCAAGCCCCUGCCUCGUCCAAAUGUCAUUGACGCGUGUGUGCCCAGACCAUGUGGGGCGAACGCGUUAUGUCACAACGGAACCUGUAGUUGUUAUUCUGAGUACCGCGGCGACCCCUACAGGGAGUGCCGCCCAGAGUGCGCAAUUAGCUCAGAUUGUCCCAGGGGUCUAAUGUGUUUGAAUCACAAGUGCCGUGACCCCUGCGCAGGCGCUUGCGCCCCCCGAAACUCCGAAUGUUUCGUGAUAAACCAUUCGCCUAUCUGCACAUGCUUGCCAGGGUAUACAGGCCAACCCUGGGAAUCCUGCACCCCCGUCCCUACGCCGCCCCCACUACCAGAGCGCCCGUGCAACCCCACGCCUUGCGGCCCCAACAGCCAAUGUCGCGAAUUCAACAACCAAGCGUCUUGUAGUUGUUUAGUGGGCUUCAUUGGCAGUCCGCCCGCUUGCCGGCCGGAAUGCGUAGCCAAUAUCGAAUGCCCGAUGAACAGGGCGUGCGUGAACCAAAGGUGCAUCGACCCUUGUCCAGGGACGUGCGGACUUAACACGGUUUGCCAAGUGGUUAACCACAACCCCAUAUGCAGUUGCGCCCCCCGAUAUUCCGGCGAUCCAUUUGUGGCCUGUCGCAUUGUUGCCGCUCAAGAACAACCCCCUGAGCAACCCCCCAACGGAAACCCUUGCGUGCCUUCCCCGUGCGGCCCCAAUGCGCUAUGUGAACCGACUCCAGCAGGAACAGCGAAAUGUUCCUGUCUCGCCAACUAUUUGGGUUCUCCGCCCAACUGUAGACCCGAAUGUCUCUCCAAUUCCGACUGUCCCUCCAGGUCGCACGCCUGUAUCAAUAGGAGAUGCAGCGAUCCUUGUCCGGGCUCCUGCGGCAUGGGAGCUCGCUGCGCGGUGGUGAACCACAUCCCGAACUGUCUGUGUUGGGAGGGAUAUGUUGGGGAUCCUUUCACUAGAUGUUCCCCCAAGCCAGCACCACCUCCAGUCCUGCCCAGUAAAGACCCCUGCUACCCGUCACCAUGCGGGCCCAACGCCUACUGCCGAUCGGAGAACGACUACGCGAUCUGCGAGUGCGUGGCCGAGUACCACGGCAACCCCUACGAGGGUUGCCGGCCGGAAUGUCUGUCCAACUCGGAGUGCGCCCCUAACACGGCCUGUAUCAGCAACAAAUGCCGCGACCCUUGCCCAGGAACGUGCGGCGUGAAUGCGGUCUGCACCGUCACCAAUCACAUGCCCAUAUGCUCGUGCCAGCAAGGGUAUUCUGGGGAUGCCUUCAGAUAUUGCAGCCUCAUCGUUGCUGAGCCCCCACGAGACCCUUGCAACCCGUCUCCAUGCGGCAUCAACACGGUGUGUAGAAACUCCAAAGACUCUGCGAUCUGCGAAUGUGUGCCUGGGUUCUUCGGCAACGCCAACCUAGGUGGGUGCCGGCCAGAAUGCACCAUUAGCUCGGACUGUCCGAGAAAUCAAGCCUGUGUGAACACGCGAUGUGUGGAUCCGUGCCCUGGAGUGUGCGGCUUCAAUGCCGACUGCCAUGUCAUCAAUCAUAGUCCUGUUUGCAGCUGCGUUUCGCCUCUCGUUGGUGAUCCCUUCACGCUGUGCAGUGAGCCGGUGGUCGCUCCUGAGCCAGACCCUUGCAGCCCGUCGCCUUGCCAAGCCAACGGCCAAUGCCGUGUGGUGAACGGCGCCGCCGCUUGCACCUAUCCAGAGUGUGUGAUCAAUCCGGAUUGUCCCAGUGAUAAGGCGUGCUAUUUCCUCAAGUGCCAGGAUCCUUGUGCGGGGGCCUGCGGCCUCAACGCCAUCUGCCAAGUGGUCAACCAUCAAAGUGUCUGCACUUGCCCGCCUGGAUUCACUGGAACCCCUGAAGUCCAGUGCCGAUAUGUGCCACCUGAACAGCCCCGACCCGCGCCCGAAUGUACCGAAGACUCCCAGUGCAGCAACGACAAGGCCUGCGUGAACAGCCGCUGCCAAAACCCCUGCUCUACAGUGUCAUGCGGGGAGAAUUCGGAAUGUCGCGCACAACUCCACCGAGCCGUCUGCACAUGUAGAGACGGCUUUGCGGCCAACGCCCAACACGCUUGCGUAGAGAUUGGGUGCCGCUCGGAUUCCGAUUGUGCGCCGAUCUACGCCUGCAUUAACCGGGAAUGCGUCGAUCCGUGCUCGUUCACCUCCUGCGGUCUCAACGCUUUAUGUAUAGCCGAUGGCAACCACAAGGCCCGCUGCUACUGCCCCGAGACCUUCAGAGGCAACCCGCUGGUGCAGUGCAACAGGCCGGAAUGCACCCGCGAUGAGGAGUGCGCCUACAAUCUAGCCUGUCGCAAUGAGCGCUGUCAAGAUCCGUGCAAUUGCGGCCGGAAUGCCGUUUGCAAUGUGUUCGCUCAUCGGGCGCAAUGUUCCUGUCCACCUGGAUACGUUGGGAACCCGCUGGAAGCGUGUGCGGUUCAAGUGUAUGCAGAGGAACCGCAAUGUAAGAUCGAUUCAGACUGUCCCAGCAAACUGGCCUGCUUUGGCGGCCUUUGCAAGAACCCGUGCAUUGAGACGAAGCCCUGCGGGAAGAACGCGGAAUGCAUAGUGGUGGACAGUUUGCCCCUGCGAACCAUGUCCUGCAUGUGUUUGCCUGGGUAUAUUGGGGACGCCGAUGUCGACUGCAAACGUGCACCUACACUGGACGAACCCGGCUGUAGAUCGCAGCAGGACUGUCCGCAGAGCGACUCUUGCAUCAACCGGCAAUGCGUCAAUGCUUGCGUGGUUGGAAACCCAUGCGCGCCUACAGCCGAAUGCUCGGCCAAUCACCACAAGGCCACGUGCACGUGCCCUACGCCUCUGAUUGGCGAUCCGUUCAUCAGAUGCUACCAACAGCCCGCACAGCCACAGCCCGAAUGCACGCACGACGGCGAAUGCUCCAGCGAUAAGUCCUGCAUCAAUCAGCAUUGCCAGGAUGCUUGCGGCCUGUCCAACCCGUGUGGGGCCAAUGCUGAGUGCCAAACCAAACAGCAUAGGCCCACGUGUGUUUGCGCUGUAGGAUGGAUUGGAAAUCCUCAGAUUGCCUGCUAUAAACCCGAGUGUAAGAUCGACGACGAUUGCCCCUACAACAAGGCCUGCACCAAUGAGAACUGCUUGAAUCCAUGCUCAAGCGUGUCAUGCGGGCGAAGCGCCGAAUGCGUGGCUCAGAACCAUCGGGCUCAAUGCCAGUGCCCUGCAGGCACUCAGGGCGACCCACUCCUAGCCUGCAUAACUGGGCAGUGCCAGUACAAUGAGGACUGCGCUGAUCAUGAAGCCUGCGACCGCCUCAACCGCAUCUGCCGGCCAGUGUGCGAUGCGGAAACCUGCGCUGCCACUGCGCAAUGCUUAGGGCAAAACCACCAGCCCAAAUGCUUAUGCCCGGUAGGAACUGUAGGCAAUCCGUUCCUCGACUGUAAGCCCCCAGCAAAACCAGCCUGCACAACAGACGCCGACUGUCCAUCGCAGUUGGGCUGCAUCAACCAACUGUGCGUCAACCCUUGCCACCAAGGCAACCUUUGCUCAAUUGAGCAGGAAUGCCGCGUGGUGGACACAGUCCCACUACGUACCAUCAUGUGCGCCUGUCCCUCUGACCAAAUCAUCGACACCUCCGGACAUUGCCGAGCAAUUGUUCGCGAACAACCCCAAUGCCUACAGGACAGCGAUUGCGCUGACUCGGACAGGUGCUUCAGUGGGAACUGCGUGGACGCCUGCCGUUUGGACAGUUGCGGAGUCAACGCCAUUUGCCGAGCGGCCAAUCAUCUGACGCAAUGCGUCUGCCCGCCCGAGUACACCGGAAAUGCUCGUGUAGAGUGCACGAACGUCCCGAGACAUCCCAGCGUGGUGCCCCAGCCCGAAUGCGCCCUCGACGACGACUGUCCUUUGGAUAAGGCCUGCAGACAGAGCAUUUGCGUCAAUCCCUGCAGAUCAGACAAGCCUUGCGGCAAUAACGCCUUCUGCUCAGUUAACCGCCAUCAAGCUGUUUGCAGAUGUCCAGAGGGAUACAUUGGACGACCAGAAGUCGAAUGUCUAGCACCCCCUACUGCCCCCGCCAUUGGUUGCACCACAAACUCCGACUGCCCUCUGAGCGAAUUUUGCCUGAACAAGCUCUGCAUUAGUCCCUGCAAUUGCGGCCCCAACGCCGACUGCAGAGUGACCAACCACUAUGCCACAUGCUUCUGCCAAGCCGGAUACUCGGGCAAUCCCCAGACUGGAUGCUUCAAAUUGGGCUGCCAAUCAGACAGCGAAUGUGCAGAUGAUCAACAGUGCUACAACGCACAAUGCGUGAACCCCUGCAUCCUGAACGAUCCCUGCGCUACGAACGCCGAAUGCUUCGGGCGCAGCCACAAGGCGAACUGCAGGUGCAGCUCGGGCUACAGCGGCGACCCGUUUAUGCGCUGCGAGCGGCUGGAGUGCUACUCCAACCAAGACUGCCCCAGCAACAGGGCCUGCAUAGAAAACCGCUGCAUUGAUCCAUGCUCCUCAAUUGCAAACGCGCGCUGCGCUCAGAACGCCGAAUGCUUCGCUCAGAACCAUGCUGCCGCCUGCGUGUGCCCCGACCAUUUGCCCGAAGGCAACCCCAUGGCUUACUGCUAUGCGAGAACGGUCGCAGACCAACCUCUGUGUGUAUACGACUCAGAUUGCCCCAGUAAGCUGGCCUGUAUCAGAGAGCAAUGCGUCAACCCGUGCACCAGCAUUUCGCCCUGCCAUCCCACUGCCAGCUGCAGUGUGAUCGAUACCACUCCGGUGCGAACAAUGGCGUGCACUUGUAGGGAAGGUUGGGUGCCUAACGAUAACGGCGAAUGCCACGCCAUUCUCCUGCCAAUGCCGCCAGGAUGCAGCAAGGACGACGAAUGUUCCCCCAACGAGUCCUGCAUCAACCGAGUGUGCAGAAACCCGUGCGAUUGUGGCGUGGACGCCAUCUGCGACGUGCGCAACCACAAACCCAUCUGCUCCUGCAAAGAGGGCUUCGAGGGCAACCCCAACAUCUUCUGCCGCACCAUCGGUUGCAGGAUUGACUCGGAGUGCGAUUCGGGCACCGCCUGCAUUAAUGGCCAGUGCGUAAGCCCGUGCCUGGUUAAGAACCCGUGCGGGGCCAAUGCUGAGUGCUUCGUCAACCGCAAUGCUGCAGAGUGCCGCUGUCGCAGCGGCUACCGCGGCAACCCCUUCGAAAGGUGCCUGGUGAUUGGAUGCGCAGCCAACAGCGACUGUCCAGACGACCGCCAGUGCGUCAACGCGCAGUGCAUCAAUCCCUGCCUAUACGACAACCCAUGCUCGUCGCGUGCAGAAUGCCUAGUGCAGAACCACAUGGCGCUGUGCAAGUGCCCGCCCGGCCUGCUAGGCAACCCCUAUGUGGAUUGCCGGGCGCAGCCCCAACCAGAAUGUCGCGAGGAUGGCGAUUGCCCAGCGCAGCUGGCCUGCCUCAACAGCAAGUGCCAAAACCCCUGCUCGGCGAUCGAGCCCUGCCACAACCCAGCCAGGUGCCAGGUGGUGAACUCCCUACCAGUGCGCACCAUGAACUGCGUCUGCCCGCCGGGCUACAUCAGCAGCGGCAGCGGCACUUGCAAGCCAGCCACCGCAAUCACGAAGGCGGCCUGCGUUUCGGACGGCGAAUGCCCCUCCGACCGGGCCUGCUUCAACGGAAUCUGCCGCAACCCUUGCGACUGCGGCCCGAACGCCGAGUGUCGCAUCAAAGACCACAAGCCCAUCUGCGCCUGCCAGCCCGGCUACGAAGGCAACCCUGAGAUCGGUUGCCGAACCGUCGGUUGCCGGAGCGACGACGAAUGCUCGGGGCAACACAGCUGCAUCAAUCGGCAAUGCGUCCCAGUGUGCCUGCCCGACCUCGACCCUUGCGGCGCCAACGCCACCUGCUACGGCAACCGCCAUCGGGCAAUCUGCGAUUGCCUGCCGGGCCGUGUCGGCAAUCCCCGUGUCGCAUGCGUGCUGGUCGGAUGCCGCUCCGACUCCGAGUGUCCAUCGGGCACCGCCUGCAUCAACAACGAGUGCAAAGACGCGUGCGUCGAGGUCGAUCCAUGCGACAAACCGGCCACUUGCAAGACGUUCAACCACAUCUCUGAGUGCAUCUGCCCGCCAGGCACGGUGAGUGAUGGCGAAAUGGGCUGUUUGACACCGGAGGUGGCCUGCACUUACGACCACGACUGCCAGUCGGGGUUGGCCUGCAUCGGCAACGUUUGCCAGGACACGUGCCUUACGACGCGACCCUGCGGAACCAACGCCGACUGCAAGGUGGUCGACACCGAACCCGUUCGGACGAUGGUUUGUGAAUGUCUGCCUGGAUAUCAUGGCAAUGCCGCAGUCAAAUGCGAAAAAGGAAAACCGGUAGCAGGAGUGGAUUGCAACCGCAGCAAGGGCUACGUGACCAACGCAGUGGGCGAAUGCGUGUGCCCGCCCCACACUGCGCCCAACAACAACGACGACUGCGUCCCCUGCAGCGCCGAUAAGGGGCUGCGCAUUGAUGAGCGCGGUAGAUGCGUCUGCGCGCUGGAACGGGGCUUCAUCAUUGAUGAGCGCGGCAACUGCGCCUGCCAUCUGGAAUAUGGAUAUCGACUGGACGCGCGAGGCAACUGCGUCCGGGAAAAGGUGUCCGACUGCGAAACCAACGACGAUUGUCCCGACCAUAAAUACUGCAACUUGGAGACGAAAACCUGCGACAAUCCGUGCGCUACCAAGCGCUGUGGGGUUUAUGCGCUGUGCAACGCCACAAACCAUCAGGCCAUCUGCCAGUGCGUGAGCGGAUACUCUGGGAAUCCUGAUAAAUACUGCAAUGGCAGCAUAGCCUUCCGCACCGACUUCCCCAAACCGGAGAUGCUAGUCAGCUGUCUAUCCGAUGGAGUCCAAGUGAAAAUCGACGUGAACGAACAGGAAGGCUUCAAUGGCGUUCUCUACGUUAAAGGCCACAGCAAGGACGAGCAGUGCCGAAGAGUCCUCACUCUGCCUGCCAGCUCCCACAUCAGAACCGAACUGUUCAAGGUGCAGUUCGGCAACUGCGGCCUGAUCCAUGUGAAUGGCAAAGCCAGCUUCGUGCUGGUGAUCCAAAAACACCCGAAACUGGUCACCUACAAGGCGCAAGCCUACCACAUUCAAUGCGUCUACCAAACCGGCGAGCAAAACGUCACACUGGGCUUCAACGUGUCCAUGCUGACGACAGCAGGAACGAUAGCGAAUACGGGCCCGCCUCCCACCUGCCUGAUGAAGAUCGUCACGCCCACCGGCCAGGAAAUCAACUCGGCAGAAAUCGGCGACAGUCUUAUUUUGCAGGUCGAUGUCCAGCCCGGGUCGAUCUAUGGGGGCUUUGCCAGGAGCUGUGUGGCCAAAACAAUGGAGGAUGCCGUGGAGAACGAGUAUUUGGUCACCGAUGAGAACGGCUGUGCUACGGAUCCGUCCAUUUUUGGCGACUGGGAGUACAACGCCGAUACUCAAAGUCUGCUGGCCACUUUCCACGCGUUCAAAUUCCCCAGCAGCGACAAUAUUCGAUUCCAAUGCAACAUCAGGGUCUGCUUUGGCAAAUGCCAACCGGUAAGUUCGAGGGUCGGUUUCAUUGACAGCGAUGGACGCGGAAGUCUGCAAACAUUUUUACUCGAAUGAAUCAAAAAGUGCCACUUUGCGAACAGA